AUGCUGCUUUGCGUAGUGCCAGAGAAUCCGUGGAAAAGCCAUUGCGCCUGCGUAUCCAGACGUGGCAACGGCAUCAUGGCCUCUCGAAACCGCUACGGGUGUCGGAUGAGAGAGGCGAAAAUGUUCAUGCUGGUGCUGCUGGUGAGUCAAACGAACCUGUUUUGUGUGCUGUGUAAACUGUUUCUGGUUUCUGUUUCAUUCCCGGAGGAUAUUUGUGUCCUUUAAAUGUAAGGUAAAGGAGAAAGAAGAAAUUCAAAUCGCUCCUCACCGCGUCUCGUAGCCUGUCCGCCGUGCAGGAGGUAAAGUUGACAGCCCUUGACUGAACUUGGGGCUCUGAUUUAACACGCUGCUGAUAAUGUGGGUGUACUGCGGUUACUGUGGCGCAGGUAAAAUCACUGCUUAUCUUUUAUGGCUGCAUGAACUGAACAGGAUUCAGGUCAAUGGUCGCAUGUGUAACACGGGGUCCCUCCCCUGUGAUCGAGCUUUAACCUCAACUCUCACACAUUGAGAAAGAUAAACAGACUCAAACUACAACCUUACAUUUUAUUCAGCGUCACCUUUAUCUCUAGACUUCACCAUAUAUAGUAGUAAGGUCCUGCUGUUUUAGUGUAAUUCACGUGACAGGUCUUGUAAACGCAGCAUAGCUCAACUCUUCAGUCUUCAUUCAAACAGAGUUGGUGAGAGGAAUUGAAAGUUCAAAAGCGUCAGACUUACAAAAUGUUAGUUUCAGGGGUGGGUGCAGGAACCAGCGAUCUGAAACUGUGCAGCACGUCUGUGUGGGAAACAAAAGUGUUUUCAAAAAGUAGUACAGUAGUCUUUCAUGUCAUGUGACUGUCAGAAGUAAACUGGUUAGGCAGCAUUAAAACAAAUCUGCUCUGAAUGAAAGUUUUGGAGCUUAAGAGUUUUGGAUUAGCCAAAAGCACACAUCUAUACUUUUUUAUUAUAAAUGUUGUUUUCCUGUAAGAAUGAGUUAGUUUCUGGCUGUUGCCCUCAGACCUGAACUUUGCAAAAGCACAAACGGAACAGAAAUAUGCCCAGAUUGCCAUUAAUGUGGGCAUACAGAAAAUUGCACUGUUUUCUCAAGAAAGCAAGCACUGUAAUCAGAUAAUCGCUUGAAUGGAAAUUAGUGUUCUUAUAUUGAGAUAGCAAGAUGAAUAAGUGGAGAUCACACUCACUGCCCUAUGACAGUAUGCAUUCACAGUAUAUUUUCUAAGUCUCAAUAAUGUCUAAAAAUAGCAGCUGUCUAAAAUAAUUCAAACUCCCUCUUCACAAAGGAUGCAUUUGUCAAAUCUUUGCUUGAUAUAUGAGUACAAGGAUUAUCUUAAAUUAACCCUCAGGUCCAUUUAUGCAACAAUGUUUGGGCUUUCUACCAAAGAGUGUAUCUGUCAGCAUUCUUCAAGUGUAUUUUCAAGUAUGUAUCUGCGCUGAAUGACACUUGAGCUCUCGACAAUACAACAGUCCCAAAAUAAAUCCACUCUCAGUGUUAUAAUGUUCAGGUUUGUUUGAAGUUUCGUAGACAGGUAGUAAUUAAAUUGAAGGAGAAUUUUGAGAAUGUAGUCCAUACAGUGCAGAUGUACUGUUUUUAAAUGUAUGAGUAUGUGUUCUCUUGGUUCUUAUGCGUUUUUGGAAUAUUUUUCCACCCUAUUUAUAAAAAAAGACGUAAGCCCCUAUAGAGUGUAGUGCCAUUCAAGAGAAGCAUGAACCACAUCCUCUGACAUUAUCUCAGAUCAUCAGCUUUCCAAAGCAGAGGACUUUGAUGUUCAUGAACUAAAGAUUUGCUGAAUUUUUUUUAAACCUCUGCAUUGAUUUAAAAGGUAUAUGAAUUUCACAUUGUUCAAGUCACCUGUCAGUCCACAUUUAUCUUAGUAUCUGUUGAAAGUUUGGGCGUUAUUUGGCAUUAAGUCCCAUAUUAUUGUUGUUAAGAAACCAUGCAGCUGAUAUUCACACUGUUAAGAAAUAGAUAGAAGAAUAUGAUUAGGUGGAACAAUCAAAAGAAUACAAUAGAUGUAUUAUAUUGUUGCAUGGAGGCUAUUACAGCAGUGCAGUCUUUCUAAGCCUUUAACCAUCUAAUUAUUUCAUCUAUAGUGAAGAGCCAGCUAUACUAUACGUAUCACAUUUCUGCUUCGGUAGAUCCUGCUGUGCUUCCCGUUGUGCAGCAUGCCUUUGCAAACAUAGAUGGAACUUGGGUGUGUUUGUACUUAUUGUAGAUUGCUUCUAUAAACAUGUAUGUUUUAACAUUAUUGUAUGUGUUUGCUCUGUGCCACAGUAACAAGAUCUGAAAUUAAAUCAUGAUGUGCAGGUAUCAGAUCUGAUAUACAGAUAUGUUUUUGUUGCAAUAGCAGGGGGUUACAACUUCCUGUAGGUGUGUAUUUGUUUUUCCAUCCCUUGAAGUCAAAGACAUGCCUAAUAUUUGUGUAAUUGUUCUGCUGAAAGGAAAUCAAAUAGGAGGAUGUGUCCUUGUCUGCUUUUUAUGGAUGGAAACACCCUGAAGUUAAAGUUUAAAGCUGGCAUCCAUCUUCACUGUCAAAUCAAUAUGCAUGAGUAAAAGUUAAAACAACUGAACGUACCCUGGAAGUCCUAUUACAGGAAGACAGCACAGUUUGUCAGACCGUACAACCACAAAGUCAAAUAAGUUUUGUGGCUUUUUUUGUUUGUACUCAGCUUGUCAAACUAUUUUAUUGUUAAAUCAUUAUUUGCAUCUUUUAACCCAAUGUAAUCCAUUUUUUUGUAUUUUGAAGCAGUUAAAUCUUAAAAAUAUAAAGAAAAUUUAGCAGUUAAAGCUAAGGAAUGGAAGUGAUAAUAUUGACUUUCAGAUUUAUUUAUAGAUAGAUAAAUGCCACACUGCAGCAUUAAUAUGGUCUAAAAAUAGUGGUCAACAAAACUCAAAUGAUUGUAAACAGAACAAUAUUUGGUUUAGUAUUGCCUUGAUAAUGUUGCCCUAACAGACUUGGAUUUCUGCCCAGUCAUCCAUAGUUAUUAGUAUGCAAAAAAUACUCGGCUAAUAUUUGGGUUUAGGAAAAAGAUAAAGAUAGGCGUCAAUAUCAGCUGUUGGGGAAAAAAAAAACGUAUAAGUUUACCACUAAAAUGUGUAAUUGUUUCGUAAAGAUGAUUGUGACACCAGCGCCAAUGCCGACGUGAUGGCUCAAGCGAAGUCUUUCUGGAAUUUGUUCUGUUUACAGCGCCAUUGAAAAUGUCUCCAAGCAAUUUGACAUUAUGGGAUGGCUGUGAUUGUUUGGAGCCAAACCCUCUGCUGACUGCUGCUAUCAGACAGAGAGGGGACCGUCCUUUCCUAGAUUUGACUCGAUCAAGGCAGAUGGUCCAUUAAUUCCUGAUAAUGGAAACCUUGUGGGGCAUUAUCCCUCACAUGGAGACAACAAGCUGGAUUUUGUCACACUGACUUGGUCGUUAAGCUGGCAGUGACUUCAGGCCACUUUGACAAGCCAAAGAAAAUAGAGGAGGUUGAGCAAAUCAACAUUUUUAACAAACAUUAAAGGUCUUUUAAGUUGAAAGCACAAGGUCCACAAAUCUUGAAGUGAGGACUGACUGUUAAGUAAACACCUUUACGGUUUUAUAUCAGACGAUGUCACCUUAAGCUUUUGAGCCCCGAUAUUUUGAUCGGCACAUUUUACUAUUUUCCAAGAUAUCAUAGACCAGAUGUUAAAAAGGUCAUUCACAAAAACAAAAGGUGCAGCCUGCAGGUAUAGAUAUUGUCAUGUGAUAAACUGCUAAAGCCUUGAUCGUGGUAUCCCAUAAUUUCUGUGACAAUUUUUGUUCUUAUUACCGACCUCUGGUGUGUUUGGGUUAUAUGAAGGUGAUUCCACGAGGGAGGGGAUAAACCCACUGCAGCACUUUGUUAGAGGGCAGCUGUCUGGGCGGUGGAGUCCUGCCUGUCAAAACAAUUUAAUCCAAACUCCCUUCACACACACACACACACACACACACACACACACACACACACACACACACACACACACACACACACACACACACACACACACACACACACACACACACACACACACACACACUUAAAUGAACUCUUUGAUUCCACUCCCCAUGGCUGCCUAACUAAAAAUGAUGUCUCUCUGUCAAUUAUAUAUGUGCUUUUUGGGGCCAAAAUAAUCAAUAUUUGCCAGCCUACCCUUUUUUUUUUUUUUUGGUGACAUUUUGUUUACAGAUGUGAGGAAUAGGCAGGGGCGAGCAGCCAUGGGGUGAACGGUCUGUAUUGAUUUGUCCUCAUAAUAUAACAGAUUCUGAUGGCAUUUGGUCCUCAGCAGGAUUGUCAGGCUGUGUGCUGUAUACGCUGUAACAGCUAUGUUCCUAUUAGAAUAACCUGCAAGAGAAAAUGUGUACCUGUGGCAAACAUACCACCAUCAAAUAACAUCCUGUCAUGUCAUCAGUCUAUUAAUAUUUGUAUUAAUUGGUUAGUUUCUGUAUAAAUUGUGCUUUUAUUCUCUGAGCUAGUUAAUGUUCAACAAUGAAUUCAUUUGUUCACCUCAUUUUCUUUCGAUUCUGCCGCCUCCCACACACACACACCAACACACUGGCAGCUUUCCUGUCUGUAUAUACUCAGCAGGGCCACCUCUUACCGUUUCUCUCAGCCUAAUCUGUCUGACCUUUUGACAAUAUUUGUCAGCUCGCAGUGGGGCUUUACAAAAUAGGAGGAAAAAAUAUAUUGUAAUGUUUUUCCUCUCUGCAAUAUGUGUAGGAAAUUAUUUAAAUACAGGAAUUUUCAACUAGAUAAAUGCAGUGUUGUAUUAUGUAGCCGUAUCGUAAUACCAUAUAAUACCAUUAAAAACUUUCAAACGAUGAAACUUUUCUUAAUUUUGGAACUUUGAGUCUACUUCCUGCUUUCAAAUCUAAUCUGCCUCCUACUUUUCCGAACUGUGUUCAGCCCUCCAACGCCUGAUAGGGGUUAGGGUUAGGGUCAGGGUUAGGAUAAAGUCAAGAAAGGGUCGAAACCAUAGACUGUAUAUAGAAUGGACGCUGUCUGCCUCCUCACUGGGUGAAGCCACUCCGAGAACAGCACCCUCUGGUGACAGGCUGCAGCAUAGGUCAUAAAUCCCGCCUCCACCAGCAAAGCUUAUGGGGCUGCGGACAAGGUUCACAUGUUGUUAUUGUAAGACUUGUUUGUGCUCAAGUCCUCUUUUUUCUGUACAGCUCCGUUUUCAAAAGUUAUUAGGGGGUUCAUGUUUUCUAUGAUUGACACCUGAUACAGCCUAUGGCAAUGCGAAGAUUGUGUAGCCUACCCGGGGGAUACGCUGUUUGAGCCGAGCGUCAUCACAGCGACUCUCGGCAACUGUCCCGUCGAAUGCGUACAACACUACUGCGCAAUGCUGGUUUGAGGAAGUGGAGAGAAAACGCAAAAUUACUGAGAGUUUUCGGCUUCAAAUCUGUAUACUGGUGGAAGGAGGAACCAAGUUGUUCGUAGUUAAUACAGUCUAUGGGAAGCAUAGAGUUAAGAACAAGUGGAGUGACACAUUUCUCCAUAAACUUAAUGUAUAAAGGCAGCUGACUCACUUCCAAGUCAUCAAUACUCUCUGAUGUCGUUUGAUUGCAUUAGCUGAAGGGGCCUGUCUCUUUCUCUUUGAUAACCUGUGUCAGGCACUGCAGGAUCUCAGAGCGGAGGGGCGCAGAGAGUGAUGAAAGAUGCUCUAAAUUGUUGAUGGUGGACAGCAAGUCUGAAAAAAAUAAAAUAAAAUAGGUGAAUAUUCUCGACUAACUGGGUGUAUCAACCAUUAGUACAUUUACAUGCACAGUUCAGUCGAGGUCAUCGCUCGAUGUGGCGAUUUAACUCGACCGCUGUCCUUGUCCCUCGCUGACUGUUUAUCCCCUGUCAUAUUCUGAUGUGUUUUAUGGAUUAACUUUACAGCUGAUGUGUUUUUGAGAAGACACAGUAGUAAGAAAACUCCAAUAUUUAACAGGUCUCCUCGCUUUAAAGUCAACCUUUAUUUCAACAUAAAUCAAAUCGCCGUCGCCUCACAGAAUAUUCAUCCAUAACCCCCAAAAAGGCCUGACAUUUAUUCACAUCAAGAAGCAUGAUAUAUUUCACACUGCUUUUACCUCCAAGCCGCUGAGUCAGCAGAAACGCGGCAAUUGAGUUAAAUCAGGUCAGCACUUAAACAUGAAACUGCACACAGGUACCAAUUCAUCAAAAAAAGUUGCUCCAGUUGCUUCUGGCUUUUAGAUGAAUUUCUAGCAGGGGGGCAUGUUUGUUUCCCACAGCUGUUUUAACAAAGGCAGACGUGACAUGGUCCAAAUGAUUUAAAACGAGGAUUUUAAAAGUGUAAAACUGCAGAUCUUGUUCCAGAAAGGGCAUAUCCUCUUCCUCCAUCAAUCUUAGCUGAGCCGCUAAUUGCUCCUCUGCUGAUUGGACAGCAAAGAAAUCUGUAAAUAAGCCUUGUGUGUUUGUUAUUAAAUGUUGCGUAAUGCCAAGUAUCCUUUUUACGAUUGUUUGGUCUUCCCACACCAACACACACCUGACUGGCUCAUUAGUCAGACUUCAACUCAAGGCAAGUGCCUGACAACUACCGCUUUGAUUUGUGCUGAUUCAGUAAUGCUCCUGGAGCUGGAUGCCAUUCAUUAAGCAGAUUUGUCACAGCAGAUGGAGGGUGUGUGUUACAAGCAGGGGCUGGGCACCCGCUGUGUUGUUCGCGCCACAUUUAUUUACAGCAACAUGACUGAACAUAACCUUUGUGGCAGAUAAGGAAGGUUGAAGUACAGGAUAGGACAUUGAUGGAUUUUCUCCAAGAGAUGAGUCAUGCAGUCAGAGAAUCCCUCACAUGCAUGGUCUUGAUUGAACAAUUUCAGGAAGACUUUAUUGGGAAAUAGAUUUCUGAAGAGGUUGUGUGUGGUCGAGGACACUUGACGUUAAAGCGGUAGUUAUAAUGUUUAGCCCUCAGAGGUAGCCAGCAGCUAUUUUUUUUCUUACCUCCAACCAUAGUCCAUUAUAAGCUACAUCUCUUCUUUGAUGUUGCUCUUCUGACUCCUGUUUUAACAUUUUGCGAUACAGUGAGUAUUGCGAUACCAUAUGUUGUGAUUUAUAUAUUUUCUCAACCAUUUAGCUAAUUUAGCAUUUGUCUUUCCUUUAUGUUUGUCUUAUUUACACAGCAUUUUAUUUUCAUGUAGCACACCUUGCAAACCUUACAUAUAUUUGUUGUUGUACUAAUUUUCUCCUACUCUGUUAUGUCACCUCUGCCAACCUCACUGGGCAAACAGUUGAUUUCAUUUUUCCAUUAUCAUGAUUUGACUUCAUAUUUUCAAAUAAUUUGAAAAAUCAGUACUUGGUAAAUGAGACGACAUGAUAUAUCACCAGACGAUAUAUGAUAUAUGGUUUAAUAAAAAGUUGAUUGGAGAGGGGAAAACGUGUAAAGAAGAAUGGAAAAUGAUAGACUGCAAGUGGCAACCUAGACGAGAAAGACGUGGAAAAAAAAAAAGAAAACUACCCUUCAAAUGGAUCAAAAAAUUGUCAAAAUGGCAAAGACUCAGUCAAAAACAGCUCCAGCGGGAUUAAAGAAGGUCUAAAGUUACCUGCAAGAAGCCCCUCACCAAGUCCCACUGCUAAAAAAAAUAAACAUGCUAAAGAUAUGGAUCAGUUGGAAUAGUGGUUCUACAACUAAUCAUAAGUUCAGGGAUUCACAGAAAAGCUAGAUCUUCAAGUAUUUUCCAGUUUAUACAGUAAAUGUUUAAGUUUGAACGGAAAAAUGCUGACACUGCUUUUUUUGUUAUUUUGUAGUACGAUUUAUCUAUGUAGUUUGUUUUUACCAUUGUGUUUGUUUUGGACUUUUGCAUGUGCUUGAAGUUGAGUUGUUUCUGCAUGUGCUGCAUCAUUUGGGCCGCGUCAGACUGUUGGCCCUUGUCAGCCAAUGGAGUUCAUAAUGCAUUUAGACAGUUUUUAGAGCAUAUUCUUUAUAUUUAGCCAUUUAGUUAGAUAUUGGCUUUACAUUCGAGCAACAAGGAAAUAAAUCUCCCUGGAAUGUCUUUAGUUUACACUGUUAGGAUAAGGUUGAGGAGAUGGUCUUUUACUGCAACAUCGAAAGAUUGUGGUGCCAUUGGUCAUCAGUGUGUUUAAUUACUUGUUGUUGUUGUUUGUUUGUUUGUUUCUUUCUUUCUUUCUUUUCUUUUUUUUUUCUUUUAACUAAUCUCUGACCGUAAUUUGAUUGUAAAUGGUAAAAACAUCUGGAUUAACUAGAUUACAAAUGUCAAUUUGUAUUGUCAACCAGUUUAGAUCACAUUUAAGUUUCUGUUCUUGUUGACAGUGAGGUAAAAAAUUAAAAAGAAAGGGUAAGAAAAAAUAUUACUUGCAGUUUAUUUGUAGAGCACAAAACUCAAGUGGUUGAUUUGGGCAUUACUUUUGGUUUUAAACAGAUUCAUGUCAUUAUAAUUUCACUUUUUUGCAGCUGAGGAAAAUAAUGAAUGCUAAAAAUAUUAUUUGAAAUUUCCUCUUUAUACCGCAUGCCCAGCCUACACGUUGGAGCACCAUGAGAAAAUCAUGGAUCUUUUGUUAGACCGUGCACAUGUUCGUGGAUUUUGCUCCCCUUAGUGUUGGUAAUGAGGGUCAGUCGUUAAAAAUUCAACCGAAAAAAGAAAAGAUCAUCAUUCCUUCAUUGUUAAACAUCAAGCUGCAUACAUGCAUUUCACCCAGAAACUAUGAUUAUACAUAUUUGUGAGUUAGGUUUUAUAAAACUAUUAACAGUAUUCUGUGCCUAUUUUUUCUCCUUUCUGGAGGAUCCACAGCAGACUCUAUAGAAUCCAUAGAAACCUAACCUCAUUACGAUCACUAAGUGAAUGACUGAAUGCAGGAGUAUGCUUGUUUUUCUAAUGCUGAACCCAUUGUCCACCUCCUAGUUCAUUCGGCUGGAUUGUGUAGGCAUAAUGAAUUAUAACAGCAUUAAGUGGAACACAAUAUAGAAUGGGGUCCUGAGCUGCAACCUAUAAAUAGCUCUAAAUCUGUGGUUAUGAAAGCACAUUUAUCAGUGACAGAAAAAUCGCAUAAAGGGGCCAGUUACUUUAGUGUUUCUCUGUUUUAUAUACUUUUUUUCUUUGGAAAUGGAGGAUUUGCAUGGGAUUUAUUACACAACAACUCAUUUGUAUAACAUGGGCUCAAAGAAAUGGGGGAAAAAAAUCAACAUGAUGUAUUGCAUAAUAACUCCACAAGUGGGAGAUAACUAGACAAGUCUUUUGAUUAAGAUUGCAGAUAAACACAGUCGUGCACAGUAAUUUAUCAUCACUUGCGCUCUUUUAUCAUUCGCUGCUCAAGUUGAAAAAUGGCUUUUUAUUGUGGGGAAGAGAGGAAACAAAGAAACGGAGCGCCAACACUGAACAGAUAAAUCAGAAACCAUGAAAAUAAAUUGGAUUGUCAUCUCAACUAUUUUUACAAUCAAUAUAUUUUUGUGACUUCCUCUGUUCAUAUCCUCUAAAUGCACUUUGUAAAGAGUCCCUGCUGUUUUCAUUUUUAUUUCAGCUGACUGUGUCUGUGCAUUAUUGUUACAAAGCUUAAGCUUAAAUCAUCACCGCCUCUGAAUGGAGCUGUCAUUUAAAAUGCUUUGUGGGGAAACUGUUGGUUUGGUCUUGUUAUUUCUAUUAUUGUAAGUCUGUCAUUUAAAGAUAAGUCAUUCUUCAGUUGGUAGGAGAAUUAUGUCAUAUCUGAGGUAUCAGUCGUGUUUGGCUCGACAGCAGCAGCAUCAGUUUAAUUCUCAGCUGCCUUGACUGUAGGUGUAGGUGUCAGCCGGAACAUUCUGUGCUGGCAUUACAUUUAAAAUGUGUGUGUUUGCAAUCCCUGUGAUUGUUUUGUAAUCCACGCAUGACCAUCCGCCAGCUCCUAAUCUGUUAGAGGCUAUAUGCGAUCCACAUUUGAAGGUUUGAAAUAUUUUAAGAGACUGUGACAUUAUCUCCCUUCAGAUUUAAAACUGCAUUCACCACAUAAAUCUAUUCUAUGUGCAGAUUAAAACGCCCCUAGUUUGUUUAGGUACUUCAACAAAUAGCAGCUCACCCAUAAAAAUCUAAUGGGGCUAUCGAGCAACAAUGUUUUCUCUCGGCCUGCUCAGAAGAUGCAGCACGUGAAAGUGUGUCACCAGCAUUUUCUAUCUCGCACAAGAUCCUGUUAGUGUCUUUUAUGUAUCAUAAAGAAAAGGAGAAUGAAAAUAGUGAAAAAAAAGUCUAAAUAACACAAUGGCAUUUUUCAUUAUCCUUCAAAAGGUGAUCAGGCUUGUUAGUGGUAGAACACAUAAUGGCAGGAUAGUGGGAAUGCAUGGGAGAUAUCAUCAAAGUUCACAAACCCAACUUUUUUUUUACCACCACCAAGUUUUCAGAAGUUUUGUGCAUAUGUGGAUGCAGACUUUGUUAGACAGUUAGUGCCUGGAAGUUGAACAGAGGCUUUAUAAUGAUGCAACUCAAAUCUUUGCAAAAAAAAGAUGUCAUCUUUGAUGCUGGUUGGAUUUAAAGCAGAUAUUAUAAAUUCUGAACCUCUCCUCGUAGCUCUGAAGCUCUUUCGGAGGAAGUGUACAGUAUUUAUUGAUUUACUUGAGAAGUGAGUGUUCUGUUGAACGUACUGAACAUGCAGCAAUCAAUACACCAAUGUACUGAAAUUGUAAUUUAAGAGUUGUACAUUUAUGCGUUCUGACAUUUUUUUUUUUUUCUGUAACUACAGAUCGUCAGAGGGAUACUUGGUAAAUUCAAUGAAAUAGAAGUUACUCAGAACUGAGAGCAGACUGUCAAAGCCAGUGGAGAAAUGCACUAGUUAAACUUAACCUGCUCACACACAUAACAAGUCCAGAAUUGGCCAACAUUGUUAUUAUGCUGUCAAUGUAUGUUUGCGCCAUCUUUUAAAAUUUUAAUCUUAAUGAAAAAAACAUCAUUUAGUUGAUUUCAGGAUUUGUGUUUCAGGUCAAGACAUGAGAUUCUGAUAGUAUGGUAACCUCAAGCAAAAACAGAGGGUUCCUACACAAGUAUGGAUUUCCAGGUCUUAAAAAGUAUGGACAAUGAAAAACAAAGUAUAGAAAAAUAUGUGUUUCCAGACUGUUACCACAGUUCUAAAACACUGUUUCCUAAAAUAGAAAAGUAGGUAUUUCAAAAAUUAUUCAAAAAGUAGGGUAUGGAAAAGUAUGGAAAUUCCAACUAAAAAACAUCAGGUAUCAAGUUUUUGUGUUUACAGCCGUAAAAUGUGUUAUUCUGAAAUAUCUGGGAUUAUGGUUUAAUAAAACAUUAGCGUAUGUCACAAUAAUAAAAUCAAUAAUUGAAAAUAAAUUUUCUUCAGAAACGUAAACACUAGCUUUAAACUGCUACUGAGAAAGUUCUCAAAUUGCUUAAAGAACUGUCCCUAAAGUGCACUUCUCUGGCUCUGUCUUGGUCAUCUGACAGGCACUUACAUACCUGGUUACCUGGGUUACCAGUCCUGUGAUUUCAAACUCCGAUAAUACACCUCAAAACCAGUAACCUGCCCACCCAUUUUCACUUCUCUGAUCAUUCCUGUUCUGCAUCUGUUUACUUCAAACCACCCUCCGUCUAUAAUAUGCACAUCUCUUCACUGUAAAUUUAGCGUCUUGUGCAGCUCCUCAUUAUUCGUACCAGAAAGACAUGAUCGGUUAAAGUCUCAUUGACCUAAUAGAAGUGAAAUAUUGAUACAGUUUUUAUCAUUUUAAUCCUUCUAGGCCACCGUCAAGCAUUACAUUCCUUAUCUUUCAUGGAUAAGUUAGAUAGCCUGCCAUCCUGUCACAUCUCUCGCUAAUCUCGCCCCCAGACUCGCUCCUGUAAUUACCAAAUGUCCACCUUUCGCAGAUAAGUGUCACCAAGCCAGCCUCUAAUUAGUCCACACUUUGCUACGUGGUUCAUACCAGUUCAAAAACUGAACACUGAUACAUUUUGUGUGUUUAUCUUGGUGUUACAUCAACCUCCCUCUCUGACAGCAAGUGACAAAAUAAAAACACACCAAGUCAGUGCCGGAUGAUUUGCUGAGGUAAACAGUAGAAGUGUAAAUCUGUGCUGAGUGUCUCACGCCCCCUUUUUUAAAGCUUAUCUUUGGUUGAAUUUAGCGAUGUACAAACAAAGUCUUAAAUUUUCCUUCAGACUGACCUCAGAAGAGCAUUCAGUUGGGAAUUAAAAUUAGAAAACGAGCCUGACAUGUGCUUGUUUUCAUUUCAGGUGAUAUCACUCAUCAGGCGGGAAACGCUGAGCGAGCAGACAAUGUUUGUGUCUAAUUUAGUUCUCAGUAGGCAGAAAGGAAAGGCUUUUUAAUGAAUGGUGAUGGCGUAGAGUCUAUUAGAAUGCAUGGAAUUAACUUUAUACGGCUCGAGUAUAAUCAGUCUUUUUUGUAGUUGUCUGUGAUUAAAGUGCGAGCUUCUCAAUAUGUGCUUGGUUUGCUAUAUUAGCUGUUUCACACCAUUAGCUCGACUGUCGGUGUUUGGAAAGUCGAAGGAGCCAUUCAGACUAAUGGUGCAGAUGUGCCCACCUGUUGCUGACUUCAGAUCACCUCUAGAACAGUCGGAGACUGGAAGCGGCACCUCGUCUUGUUUGCGCCACAGCGAUUGAAAUGGAAUCAAUAAUAAUUUAUAUUCAGCGUUAAAUUUCCAUACAGCUUUCCACCUCACAGAUAUAUAUAUAUAUUGAGUUAAAACUGUUGAUUCAGUUUAUGGCAGUUAUGAGUCACAGGAGAGAAAAAGUCACAUCUCAGUCUGUGCUGCUGCAGUUAUCUCCUGAAUCAGAGAUCUAAGAACUGCUGCAGUGUUAUCAAACUUUACCUUUACUUCUCUGCUUCAAACUCAGUUAACCUAAUCCAACUUGCAAAUAAACUUGUUGCAUGGUCAGCCAAAAAUGCCAUUUACAGUAGACGUGUCUUUGUCAGGAUAUAAGGCAAAUGAUCUUUUAUCUUUGUCAGAAUUGUGGUUGUACUGGUUUCAGCUCAUCCUGCGUUUGUCCUGGAAUCAAAGUUCCAUCUGUAAAUAGUCAGGUCAAAGUCUGAAGAGGCCUUGUUGAAAUGCACCGCUGUUAUGCAAGAUUAUUAAGUAUUUAUUGCAUAAAUAAGUGAUGCUUUAGUUGGUUCAGAUGCAGGACUCUCCUUUUUAGAAAUAAGAAAGUGACUUUUUCAAACCUGUCUAGAUAUUUGACACUGACUUUCAAUCCUCUGUCUCUCUCUUUGUUCGAUAGUUUUCACACAUUUUGCUUCAGCGAUGUCAUGACACCAUUAAAGUUUUGUUCAUUUGCAUGUUUUAACAGGUGUGGCUGCUGCAGGUGCUGGAGGCAGUGAAGGUGUCUCCUCUCAUCGAGAAGGUCAGCGACCACAAAGACUUCAAGAAGCUGCUCAGAACAAGAACUAAUGUUCUGGUACUCUACACCAAGACAGGUGAGAAAGGACUGACAUCCACACUUUUUUUUUGACCAGAGAGUGGAAACAGAAUACUGAAUAAAGACCUGCUGGAAGUCAUUUAAAUUCAGAUUUCCACUCUAUUCAAACACAUUACUUCAGGACUGUAUGUAUUUUGAGAUCUGGAUUUAAAGGAUAGUUAGCACACACCUUAUCCCAUCAACAUCAUGUUAUUUUCCUCAGCAGCAGGUGGAUCCAGGUCUCUGAUGAUGAAAUAGAGGAGGCUCCAGUGAAAGACUGGGAUUCAGCUUUCACCCAGGUUGAUGUCAGACAAUUACUCAAGUAUUUAUGUUUAUGUAGAGUGUACGUUGUUUCUGACCAGGGUACAGUUUACUCUUUUCCCUCACAUUCUCGUCCUUCUACCCAACAAAUUCACAGUAGCAUGCACGACUCCAAGCUUAAAUGAAAAGCCUCAUUGAGCCUAGUUGAGCUGCCUCGUUUCUCUUCAUAACCUUGAACCAAAGUCACAGACACAUCCUGUGAGUGAGGUCAGACAGGGGUGUUUGAUUUGUUUUCUUAUCUCCUCUUUAUGCAGAUAUUUAGGAACUUAAAGUAACACAAAAAAUUUGUUAACUGUUUGAUUAGUAACAGUACUGCAUUAAAUUAAUGAGUUUCUAAUGUAACCCCAUCACAGUAAUCCGUUACUUAGCAGUGUUUCUCCUGACCUUGGACACCCUUUGUUGAGAUACUUCACAGAAUUAAAUCUCUGCUGUGAUUUCGAUCAUUAUUUCAAACUCCAACCCGGGAAAGUCACUUGUCUUUGCUUUAUUUAGGGACAUGUCUUCUAACCUGUAGAAACCUGCAGCUGUUUUAGUCUGCCAUGUUUGAGCUGACUUGACUUGUGCUCAGUCCACUGAUAGAUAAUGAUAGAUAUUCUCUUCUUGAGGCACAAUGUUUGCCUUGUUGAUUUAAAAUUCACUCAUUAAGAAACUUUGAAUAAGAGAUGCACCGAUCCCAUUUUUUUCCUGAUUCAAUCCGAUUGCCGUACCUGAGCUGAGCGUAUCAGCUGAUAUCCGAUACCGAUCCAAUACUACUGUUGAAUGAAUGAACAGUAUACCUUGCCCUGUGAGUGAAGGCAUCAGGCUUUACAUUAGCCUUGUUAAAAAAAAGGUAACAAAUUAACACAGAUAUAAAUUUACUUAAUAUUAUUUGUUAACAAAUAAGAAAUUGCACAUUAGCACACAGAAAAAAGAAGCAACUUCCAUGUUAACAUUCAGUGCAAAAGGAUCGACAGACAUAUAAUAUAGAGCAAACAGAAUCGCUGUGUUGCUGUGUAUGAUAUUAAUUAAAAGAAGAAAAAAAAAACUGGAUCGGAACGCUGGAUCGGCAUCAUUCAUCAGAUGUCCAAUCUGGUUAAUUGGUCAGUAUUGGAGCUGAUAUCCCAUCCAAAUAUCGAAUUGGUGCAUCCCUACUUUGAAUGAAUCAACUUCUUUCAGUAACUUUAAAUAAUAACAGAAUGCUACAGCAGAUAUAUAUAACUUCUACCGUUGUAUCCUGAGAUACAUUUGGAUUCUCAGCUUCCGCCUACAGCCUACUUUCAAGGUAAUCCAUCUCUGUAAUGAACUUGGAUGUACGUAUCUUAUAAGGUAAGGGAUUAGUCAUUAAAUAGAACAAGGAAGCACUUGCCAAGUCAAACAAAGUUAAACACCACUGUGUUCGUCCAGCCAUUGGGAAGCUCCUGCAGCCCAGUAGGUUUUAAUUCCAUUUUAAUUUGCAUAUUUCUAAGAAGAAGAGGAAUUUACUCAGCAGGCUUGGAGAAGACGCCGCUUGAUAUUACUAAUUUUCCACUCUAAAGCCCCUCCUACCCCUCAAUAUGCAGCAGAGGACUCCGAGCCCCACAGCUAGAGGUUUAUUUGUUUCAUAAUUCAUGGCCAAUAUCAGCAUGCAUAAAGAAACUGUGUAAGGCGUCUUUGUGUUGAGCCUCGCCUCUGAUCGAUGAUUGUUCACUCGCUGCAACGUCACGCAGACAUGCGUAAUUUAACGCUCCUCUCCUCUUGCGGGUUUUCUGUCCUGCUCCUUUCAUUUCUCUCAGUUAUCCGACCUCUCCUGGCUGCGGCACAUUCGCCCUCUCCUCGUACACAAACUCCUCCCGCUCACCCCAUCACCAGCCUCUGACCCUCCGCAGUCAUCUGAGUCCCUGUUGAGAUUCGCUCUGGUUAGCAUCCAUCAGACUUAAGCUCAUUAGAAAAUCCUCCAAACAGAAUCUCCUUAUUUCUGCUCCUACGUGGUAGUAAACCGACACUGAAUUGCCAGAUGUUUUUGUUGCUAAGCCGGUGCAAGCAGGCACCCUGGGGAGUCAUAGCAGUGCCCCUAAAUCUAAAUAUAGCCUUGGCCUGAAGUCUUGAGAGGAAUUCUACAUUUAAUGCAGUAAAUAAAACACAUUCAGUUUCAGGGGGAGUAUAAAAAUGAUGAACCGUGUUGCACAAGUUGGAAUAUUACUCUGAGUUUACUUUACUCACAGGAAUCUUCUUUUCUUGCCAUGUCUGAUAAGAAUCAGCGAUACUACAGUUUCUUGAGUUUCUCCUCUUUCCAAACACAGAAAGCAAACUGCACAGCUCAGCCGUUUUUUUUUUGUUUUUUUCCCCCCUCUUUAAUAUGGAAGAUUGUGUAAAAUCUCCAGUGGUCGUGAACUCACCGUGUUGUCCUUGAAUAAGCUCAUGCACGGAGCUCAUCGCUGUGGUAGGAAGCAGCAUGCAGCAGGUAGAGACGAGAGCCUGCUCUACAUACCUGCUGUGCCUUCCCCCAGCUCGCUGAAAAGUUGGUCUAAUUCUGCAGAGUCUUUGUGUCACCUUAUAAUCCUCCCAUCCCCUGCUUAGUCACACUAUUGUAAGAUGUUGAAAGCUGAUGUAACCCAAACCCCCCUCCUUGAACUCAUCCUAAAGGGCCCCUCCAUCACCCCUGCAUCCCAAACUCAGUGAUCUCUUUCUUCAGCACUUUGUUCUUUAGUAUGACACCGAGCCGCGCAGUAACUCAAUUCCACCUGGCUGUGUUUGACAUGACAGUGUCCUCUGUGUUUCCAGAGCUCUCCAGAGCUAUUGAACGCUUUAGCUAACAGCUCUGACUGAGGUUUAUUCUCUGUGUCUGCAGCUACAUCAGGGGACUCUCACCUGAAACUGCUAUCAGAUGUGGCGCAGACAGUGAAGGGACAAGGGACUAUUGCAUGGGUCAACUGCGGGUAAGUAAGAGGAUUACCUUUUUAAAAAAACACAAAAAAACAUUCCUCUCCCCGUAAUCACACUAUUGGCUCUCUGUCUCAUUCAACAUACGGCUUCUUUUGUUCGAUGUAUUUCUCUGACGGCAGUUAUAAAGGCAAAGCAAUUUAGUCCUCCAAGAAUGUCUCUGCUGCCAUCCAUCUACACAAUAUAUCUCUUUUCUAUCUGCGUUUAAGUGGAAUUAUACCACUCCAUCUGUGGUACAAGCAGUGUUUGACAGAAAGCCAUCCACUUAUUUGAGCUACUGAAUCUUUGAGUGCAACGUAUUAACACCUCCUUCAUUAGUUUCAUUGUGUUCAGUAGAUACCUGAAAAUAAGACAGCUGCUUUGAUGCUGUGAGGUCUUUAUUUUUAACACAAAAGUUCAUUUAAAGGAUAAUGUUUUAUGUCUUUUAUCUGUUAAAUCCUUGUAUCGUUCAUUUUUUUACACUUGGCUCCCUCUGAGUAGGUUUCACAAAUAAAUAUACUUGCUAUUUGAAUGCUUAGAUGUGUUGUGUUUACUCUCUUCAUUGCCGUGAAUAACAUUAUAUCGCGUCCCACCAGUGCCUAAAGACAUAAAUUUACACAACAGAGGAUGGGUUCCCUUCACGCCUUCCAGUUUGUCCUCAUUAAACAUGGUUAAGGUUGACUACAUUGCGGGCAUUUGUUGUUUUUUUUUAACACCUUAACACAUAUUCCACCCUCCGCACUCACUUUUCUCCAAGAAAGCUCCUUUUUCUUCAUGUUUCAGUUGAAAAGAGAAGUCGUGUAGCUAAGGGUAGUCGAACACCAUAAUGAUCAGAUGGUCCUGCAUCGUCUGGGUGAAGGAACCUCCACCGGUCUGUUCUUGACUUAUAUCUUCAUGCUAAUUGGACUAGUUAGUGCAAGUCAUUCAAUGGAGCUCAUUCGCACAUAAAAUGAGUCUUAAAUGAGUGUCAUUUGUGUAAACAAUUCACUUAAUUUGGGCUGAUACCGCCACACUUUUGCAUCAGUUUGUGUUGACUUUGGUGCCCCCUGCAGGAAAAGCUUUCCUAAUCUUGUCCGGCACACGCCAAGAUAUUUACUUUUUAACUAAAAGUCUCAUCCUGUUUUCUUUGGACAGUCAAAUGUGUCCCAUAAACACAAAGACUGUUUCCUCAGCAUGCUGUCAGUUGUCUGGCCCGACACUCACCCCUCGCAGCUGUUUCCGGCAUUGAAAAUGAUGAUACAGAAAUUGUCCCUCUCAUCGUUGAUAGCCUCGUUUCCUUUUGUAGGUCAUAAAGAAGGCAUCAGUAUGGAGCUCAGUAUGUUUCACAAUCACUUAAAACUCCCCCCAGAAGCUUUCAAUACUUAACAAGAGGGUUGAAGUUCUGGUCACUCAUUCCCAGAUCCAGUGUGCUUAAUAAUCACCAGAUAUAGCCUCAAAUAACAGCCUCUUAAACAAAUUCAAUUAACUGAACAAGUUGAAAAUGUAUCCGUGAACUCAACAGAACAACAAAUACUAUUUUUCACUUCACAUUUUCAAAGCUUUAAGUGGUUAGUGAAAACAAUUAUUCCUAAAUACCAUGGGCUUUUUCUUUAUUUUUUACAACAGAACAAUUUUAUUUACAUUUUGAGUAUUCUAUUGGAGUUUUAAAAUAUUAAACCCUUAAACGGUAACAAAAACAUGAGUGAACUACACCAAAGAUCCUGUUUUGCUGGCACUUAAACACUAAUAAAGAUAACUUUCUUGCCCUAAGCGAUGCUGGGAAAUAAUUAACGGUAAUAAAUGUAAGGUCUGGGGUGUGUGUGUUUUGUUAAUUGAACCUUCUGGUUUUUCUGUUUUUAUUUUCACUUUGCUUUGAUUUCUAACAGCUUAUUUUGCCUUUUAAAUGUCACCUUUUAAUGGUUCUGAUUUGAGGUUUUUUGACCUUUGUCAUUUUCUUGCAUGGAGCACCUUAAAUUGCUGUGUAAUUGUAUGUUAUCUGCAAUUAAGCUUUGUUAUUUACACUAGUUGUCAUCAGAAUGACUCGUCUGUUGAACAAGUUAAAAUCGCGGUGUCCCAGUAUGAUAUUGGUAUUGGAAAUUGGUCCGAUAUCAGCAGAAAAAUUAACAUCGGAUUAUAUCGGCCAGCAUCUAAAAUCUCUGAUAUCAGCAUUCGGAUACAAGCAGUCCAUUCCAGACUCCACUCUGGCACCUCUAUCUAGCAGCGCCUUGAUUCAGCAUGCAGAGCGCACAUAAUCACAACAACAGUGUUUACUAAGGUACAAACAAAGUAGCAAGGAGCAAGAGUGAUGUUGGUGGUGUGGCAGUAUUUUUUGUUUAAGUCCGAAAAAGACAUUGCAGCUGAGUGCAAAACUUGUCAUACACAAUUUUGUGCCAAUAUCGGUAAAGGUCAAUAUUGAAGGCUACAAUAUUAGUAUCGUAUCGGAAUCAUAUCUAAUGCUUUACUACCAGGAUGUAAACAAGGAUGGAGGACAGAUAGCAUCUCAUGGCAUGGCGGGGUUUGGUAGUAUUUUGAUGUAAAGUUGUUUUGAGGCUGAUUCUGGUGCAUGACCAGCACAGAUAUAAAGACGGUAACCUACUUGAAAAACUGAAGGCUGGUUAUGCUAGCUCUGCUAACCUUAGCCUUUACCAAAAAAAUGUAAUUACAUACCUUAGGGUUCAAAGGUUAGUUGGACUUGAAAUGUCUGUUUGAAUGAUAAGGAAAAUUAUUCACUUUUGAACAUCUCGAUUCAAUCAAUACCCUAUUCUUAAAUUAAUACUUAACUGACACAACAAUUAAUAAUCAAAAAUAACCUUUGUAGAUAUUACAUAAGAUGAAAAAAUGAUCGUCUGCAUCAUGAUAAUACAGAUUAAACUUCAACAUUUAUUUAUUUUCGAGUAACAGUUUCAUUUCUUUCGAAAAGCAGAACAUCUUUGAUCCGUGACUCUAGUGCACAUCCUUCUCCAGCCCACACUGUGGAAAUGUUUACAUUUAUCAAACGCUAGAUCCUCCCGAGACCCUGGUAAGUCAAGGCCUCUAAGCACAACUCGCUUUCCUCCCCUGUGACAUGACUUUAGCUCGUUGUUCUUUCUGCCCUUCCUCAUGUUCAGUUCCACUUACAUUCUUCUUUACCUGUCAAGCCAUCAACUGCACAAACCGUCUCCUUCACCAGGGAGGAAAGAAUGUAUCAUAAAACAGGAAACUGGAAGACAGUCUCUCUCCUUUGGCACCGAGCGCUCAUGGCAGCCUUCACAAUCUUUCUCGAGCUUAUCCUGGAUUGAUGACCGAGCAAAGAGACAGGAAGAAAAGCUGCACUCAAAAAGUCUGGAGGAAUUGUUCAAACUGUUUGUGUACACGUUCCCCUUCAAAGACACUCCAUGACAAAUCCUCUGUAACUGCUUACUUUUUGACUACUUUACCUUUUUUUGUCUGGCACACUAUAGUAUCAUCUCUGUCUUCCUCCUCCAACAACUCAAGCAUGUAAGAGAGUGUACUCAUACGGAGCAGAGAUUUAUAUUGGGCCAGAUUCCUUCUAGGGGAUCUCGAGUGAGCUGGGUUCAUCACUGCAGGACACACAGGUCCAGUGCCAGGUUCUGUGGCAAAGCAUUGUGCUGCUUGGCAUUUUUUCUCCACCAUCUCAAAUGGGCCUCUUCCAAAUCAAAGCUCCAGUUGCGAGCUCACGGUGGACAGAGGGAGAGAGAGAGCUAAGCGCAUAUCACAGCGUGAGAACAACCAGGCUUGCCAAGGAAGAGGGUCACCAAAGCCAGAAUGACACACUUUGAACAGAUGACAGGGACCUGAGUGUUGGCCAACUGGGAUCCUCCGAAGGGGUGGGAUGAGCUCAUACCGGAAGGAAGUGUGGGACUGUGCCGCUCUGCUCCCAUUCACUCUAAACAUGCAGAAAACACUCAAGACAUGGUAGGGAACGUGGGUCUGGGUGAACCAGCAGAGAACAAGCAAGGCCACAGGGGUUAGGAUUUGUGUUUUGAUAGUAAUAAUUAAAAGGCAUGCAGGGUGUCGUCCUCUUUUCCUGAUGAACCCGUAAUAAUCCUUUCCAAAAUGGACUCACUUGAUUUUGACCUGAUGAAAAGUUUUGGCUCCUUUACUCAUUUAUGUAUAUUUUUUUUAAGUCUUUUCAUCCAAAGAAGUAAAGUUGGGGAUUGAAAUGAGAAAAGAUAAAUCAACAGAUGUUAAACCUCUUUCCAACUGAGUAACAGAACUAGAUCACAGUCUUCUGCAUUUGCUUUAUAACUCCUGAAACAACAGCCAAGUCUCAGGUUCACUGUAAAUAGUAAGUCACAUAAGUCUCGUUCUGACUGACUUUAGCAGUCUGACUCUAAAAAGGACACGUACUUUCAGGUCUGUCCUCAUGGGGGGGAGAAAUAAGCUCCAAGAUGCUUGUUUACAUGGAGGUUGGAUCACUCAUUCCUGAUGCUUUUCAAUGAAAUGCUGAUCAGUUUUGUGACAAAGUGUCCAGGAGAUUUGUUUCACAUACAGAAAGUCUUGUCCUGUCCUUACUUGACAGCAGAAAAAUUACAAGUUCGUAAAGCAAGUUAUUAUUUUAAUAUCGGAAAGUCGGAAAUGGCCAGGGCUUUAGCUUGGGUGCUUAUGUAUUGCUGCUGGCUGAAUGCUGUUCUAUUCGGAUCCAAACAGCAAAGCUAACAAUACUUUUGGAAAUGGAGAUGAAUUUUUAUGUAGGCUAUGUGUGGUCAAAGUACACAAAAAAACCACUUGACCUGGAGAAAUGUGUAACUAGUGCAGAUAUAUGGAUGUUAAUCUGCAAGAAGGACCAAAGGCGGUUGGUGCUAGCUCUGCAAGCCUUAGCCAUACUCGGUUAACAAAUGUUACUUUGUUUACCUACAGACUCUGUGAUCUUAUGCUCAGCUGUGUUAAUCAAAUUUAGGCUAUGAAUGAAAUGUCCUUUUGAACCACUUGGAAAUCAGUCACCAGAGCUUCCCUAGAAAAAGCCCACAUUAUUUAGGAAUAAUUAUCACUAACCACUUAAAGCUUUGAAAAUGUAAAGUGAAAGAUAAUAUCCAAAAGAGCACACCUUUCUUCUAUUUUUGCUUCAUUUUUUUUCUUUCUAUGACUUUACCGACAUUGUUCCUUUACCCUUACAACACAGGAUUGGUCAACAGUUUUUCUUGGCAUCUUGUUCUGUUGCUGCUUAUCUCAUCAUCACGUGUUUUUCAGUUAUAACUCCUCAAUGCUCAGCCCCCUUACCGGAAGUCCUCUCGCUCGCAGCAGCUGUGAAGGCCUUUGUGCUGAUGUGUCCACUGACGUUAGCCACCAGAUGAAUUUUCAAUAGUAAUGCUGAGCCCGAGUCUUUAGAGAGAUGUCAUUCAUAGCCUCUGUUCUUUCUAUGAAGUGAACAUUAGCCAGUGAGUCAUUUUGCAUUCCCUUGGCCUGUAUUUGUUGUGUGAUUGAAAAGUUGUGCCAUUUCCAAGUUUGAUUCACUGAAACUGCAGUUCAGAAACAAAGACACGCAGGAUUUUUUCUCUCUGAGUCAGUUUUAGUGUGUAUGUAUGACCAGAUGAGUAAGAAGCUGAAAGCACAAGGCCAUUGUUCCACUGUUCUCUGCCCACAUUUUUCACCUUUUAAAAUUUUUUUCUAAAGUGCCACAAAGCCGGUGCCUGCUGGUGUUUCGUUCCAGGGCUGUUCAUCUUUUCUUUAGUUUCCAACACUUUAAUUUCUGCAUUUUUAUAUCCAUCUGAUAUGAAAAGUUUGUGGCAGAAACAUUAAAGUGAAUAACAUCACAGUUAGUUUUCUUUGGCCAAGAACAUUACAUUCAAGUUGGCAGUCGUCUGUAAGUUGAUGCAUGCAGUGUAUAAAGUAAAAUGGGAAGUUAGGGGAAAAGAAAUACCAGAAAAUAGUCUUUAGAGUGAACGUUCUUUUCAAGUGUAUGGAUGAGACCUUAGCUUGUCUCAUAUAGUCUGGUGGGUAAGAGCAUCUCAGGCACAUCCAGGGGUUUUUAUGUUGCUCUUUUUCAGUUGCCAGAACGGUUUUAUGUUCACUUGUUUAGGGUACACAAAGGGUUUUAACCAACUGAUCAACUCGUCGACAACAAGUGGCCUCCCUUAUGUUCCUCGCAACUGGUCAAGCAGUCAACACCAGGGUGCUGACCUCGGCUCUGAUGUCCGGCUAAAAGUGUGUUUCAAAAUUGGGCCGUCAGUAGUAGAUAUUAGAUCUUUACUUCACUUUGUCACCCUCACAAUAAUGAUAUUUUUGCAAUACUUACAGAAAACUUCCAUAACACAUCAGCCAAAUCAAGGGAGGGAAAUAUAUAGGUCAAGCGGCAUGUCACCGAUAAAUGUACUGGACUUACUUACAUGUCAUUAUCCAUUUAUAAUGAAAUUUUAAUUUAUGAUUUACACGUGUCACCCUGUAACAUCUGAUUAAAUGAAAUCUCUUUCUCUCUUUCAUGAUACCACUUUCCAUGGAAACAUUUUCCAUACUUUUAUCUGUCAUCCUGUCUGGCUUGUUUUAUGUUGCAGUAGUAGUCAAACUCUGCUGCAAAGGCUAGCUAGCAAGCUGGUCUUUGUCCUCCCUUAUGUUUUGUGCAGGUGGCAGCUAGCUUGUAGAAUCAGUACUGCCCCUUAUGAACCAAUAAGCUGAACAGUAUGCUCACUUUUUUGCAUCUUUAUAUAUAAUUUUCAUCAAAAAGACGGUUAUGAUAAUCCAUUCAGAUAUACUGCAACAUAGGGCUGGGCAAUAUGGCCUUUAAUCAAUAUCAUUUUUGAGCGGUUCACCUCGAUAACGAUAAAUGGACGAUAGCCUACCUACACACAUCCAAAACCAACUUUUAAUUUUUUUGACACUGAAUAUAUUGGCAUGGGCAAAAUGACAUUGGUUAUUGUCAUAAAUUUCGAUAUCGGUAAAUUUUUGGUUUAUCGCCCAGCUCUACUGCAACAGCUCGAGGUCUAAACUUAUAAAACUCCCAAACUUAAAGGUCUUAUUUUUCUGUGAUACUUAAACAAAAGCAGCCAAACUUUAUAUUUGAAAACCUGUAGAAAGAAAAACAACUGCAGGAUUAAGGAAAGCAGUUAUAGCAAAAGUAAAGUCUUGAGCUAAUAUUCAGUCAGAUCAGCAGAUGCCCCCUGUUGCCUCUGCGCUUGUUUACCUUACUUUAUGUCACUUUAAAAUUUGCAUGACUGACUAUGUGUAGGAUUAUUUUCUAAAGUCUGUUUUUGGUCUUUUUUGAUUUUAUUGGAGAGGACAGUGGCGAGAGCAGGAAACAGGGAAAGAGAGUGGAGAGUGACAGGCAGGAAAGAGGCCUCAGGCUGGAAUCCAACCCGGGGCCACCCGUGUGGGACAUAACCUGCCUACAUGGGAUGUGCACUGAUUGCAAGGCCAGUGGGGCCUCUCUAGGAUUGGUUUAACUUUGUCAAAUUAUCAAACACAUGAAUUCGAGAUAAAAGUCCUUUUCUUUACUGGUUUUGAGCUUUCUUACUUUUGAGUCACUUAUGGCAGCUUUUCAAGGAGAAAGAUUCAGCCGUCUGGUCGUGAAUCGGAUGACUGCACGUCAUCUCCAGCUACGUGGGCUACGAGGUCACAUCUGCUCCCGUGUUCCCCCCGACUGGUGCCAUCUGCCUUCAUGAGUCAGCAGAAUAUGGCAUUAAGCACACAGUCAUUACCUGAAGUACUGUCUGUCAACACAUGCACAGACAGAUUCGCUCCUCUUCCUUAUAAUGCGAAACUCCCUUGAACAUAUACACGGCUCACUGCGGGUCUAAGAGCCUUAAUUAGAUUCUACCUCUUUAAAUUUGUCGGCUUCAGGCUCUCUCCAUCGCUCUCCCUCUCUUUAUGAAUGCACUCUUCAUUCUUGCACUUCAUUACAGCUGAGGGAGAGUACUUCAUGUCGCCCAUAAUGUCUUACUGUACUGUACCAUGUGUGAAGUACAUGUAGGUGGUUUGAUGCAAAUUGUGUUUCCUUUUCAACUGCAGCUCCACGAACAAGCCUCUAUACAACUAAUCUGUAUGCUAAAAGUUUUAAUCAGGAUGUGAUUUCCAUUUUGGAUGUCUGUGUGUGAGCAUAUAUUUAAUAAACAAACAGAACAGGGGGGCGUUGCUUAUAUAACACUGUACAGUUGGUCAGUUUAGUCUGAUAAAACAUCACUGCAAUCGCAUUCUCAUGCAGCUUCUUCCUGCUUUUUCGACACUGUUCAGGAAAGUAUUGUCAAAAUGCACUUUCUUUGACACAAUGAAGUACAUAUUGCAAACACUUAAAAUAACACUAGAAAUGUAAGGAACUUAUAAAAUAGCCAAUAAAUGCUUAAACAGGUGACCGUUAUCUGAGAGAUGGUCAUUCAUGGUCACAGAGUGAGUUCAGAGCAGCACUCAUCCAGACACAGAAUCUCAGGAUAAAGGUCCAGAGUUGAUGUUGUGACUUCUGCCUAUAGCUAAGUGGUUCUGUCAAAGUCUGCGUCUGGUUAAACUCUGUCUGCAUGAGGUCAAAGUUGGAGUCAAAGUAAUGGACAACUUUCAAGUUCUGGUUCUGCCUGACUUUUAAAACUUUUCCCAAUGAAGUCAGCUUGCUAUAAAGAGAAGUCAAGAUUUAUUCUGCGAUUGCAAAGUGAUUUUUGUCUGAGGUUGUUAAAGGUUACUCCAAAUUCUGUUUUUGUGUCUCUGCUUUCAGAGAUUCAGAGGGUCGUAAGCUCUGCAAGAAAGUGAAGGUGGACCCGAGCUCCAAACCCAAGGGAGUGGAGCUGUUGCAUUACAAGUGAGUAACCAGACAAACUCAGCUGGCUGUCAGAGAUUAUCCCAUGCUUCAGUGCCUUCUGGAAAGUAAUACUGUGUUUGUAGCUUAAGAAGCAUGUUGUUUACAGUUUACUUCCGGUGUUGUGAGCACUGUGCUUUGUGUGUCCUGCAGAGAUGGGACGUUUCACACAGAGUACAACAGACCGGCUACAUUUAAGGUGAGAGCAGAAACGACAAGAUCUAACAUUCUUCAUACUCAUUUUCAGCUCAAGUCCUGCAGAGCUGUUUUCUUUAUCCCCAUCGAAUACACACUUCUGAACACACCAUAGUAUUAAAACCCUAAUUCCAUAAAAGAUCAGAUUUAGAUGGUUUGUAAAUUAUUUAAGCCCCAUAUUUAAUUAAAUUUGUGUAAAAACAACAAAUCUGAUUUUCAAGCUGCAAAGACUUAUAUGAAACAAGAUGCACAAUUUAAAUUUGAUAGCAGCAACAUUUGAACAUGUUACUGGCAUUAAAUUUAAUAUAAGCAUAUAUUUAGAUAACUCUUCUCAGUUACAACAUAAAAUUGAGUAUAGGGUUUAAAUGAUUUGAAAAACCAUCAAAAUAACCUUCUAAAAUAUUCUUUGAAGCUUCCCAACUUAAUUGAGUUUGUACUCGAUUUGCUGGUUUCAACAUUCAAUUAAGUCGGAUAAACUAGUGGUCAUCAACUUUCCCCUUGACUACACACGAAAUCCCCCAAAUUUGCAACUUAAAUUCAUGAAAAUCUCAGCACGAGUCAAAAUGGAAAAACAACACACUUCUCCAAUCCAGGAUUCUCAAGAAAAUUGAAAAGUUGCUGCUUUUGUUUGCUUCGCCUGAUUUUUACGAGGAGCCGAUGAUACCAACAGCUUGGAGCUGUGUAUCUAGUUUUUACUAUUAUGAUGUGACUGUUUUGUUCAGUCGUAUUUUGCCCGUAUUUCUUCGGCUGACAGAUGGAAAAGCCUCCAUAACAAUAAAACAGCUAAAGUCUGGGUUUGAACCAUAACCAAGUAAACCUGACAACGACAUAAUUAUCAUUUAAUAUUCUGCCCGAGUCCACACCGUCAUUGUCAAAGUCCCACUGAAUGAAACGAUUCUUGCUGUUGCCUCUGCAGACAUAUGGUCCAUUAUAUUCACAUGGAGCUUUACCAAGCCCAUUACCCAACGCCUCUACGUAUUGAAACAGCUCUGACACCUCUUUGAUGCAUGAACAUGUUACUGCGUAUGAGCCUCCACCUGGCACAGCCUGCCAUGUUUUAUGUACUAAAUUUAGCCGCGGCGCCUUCAACACUGGAGUAUGAAAAAUCCUCUGCCAUGACAGUAUUUAUGGGAUCAUUUUGAGUCAGUGACAACCUUUAUUUUAAGAUGUUAUUUUCUAAAUCUUUUGUCACCUCUUUCUUCCUUUCAGUCCAUGGUUGCCUUCUUGAAAGACCCGUCUGGACCCCCACUGUGGGAAGAGAACCCUGAGGCGAAAGAUGUCGUCCACAUAGAGACAGAAAAAGUAAGAAGUGAUCCAAACAAACCUUUCUAGUUUAAGAGGACUUACAAAGGAGCUUUGGCUGCUCUGUGUGCUGCAGACAUGAAUACUGAUAUUAUUGCACAUUUACUCUUUUUACGAGGUAGCAAAGGGAAGCAGACUCAUCAGAAUGUCCAUUUUUGCAACACAAAACUCACAAAUACAACAAAAAUAUCAGGGUUUAAUGGGUAAUGACGUCUACUAACACAAGCCGCUUCACAUGGCACAUGAACAAAAUCCUCUUCAACCCAUUCACCAGAGGUUUGAAGACCUUCUCCCCUCAUAGACAUCAUGAACAGGGUUUGAAAGCUCUUUGAUUUAUCGAGCGGCAGCUCUAUUUUCACCUGCCCAUCCAUUCAUGCCCCGAGGCUUGUUGAAGGUGUCAACAAAAGAAAAUGCUGAACAUGAAUUUUCAGGAAGUAGCUGAUCUCAUGAAGACGAUGAUGAGGAUGAGGAUUAAAAAAAAAAAAAACAGGUUUGGAGGCUGAUCUACACGCGGUCUGACUUUUUUUUCUUCCGUCAUCGCACACUAAUAACAAAAGAUUGCUGAACAUUCAGAGCAAGCAAAAACAAACAUGAUGAUUUGCCUCAUUAUUCUAAAGCUAUGUUGAGAAAUCUACCCCAGAGGAAGCUGCUAAGGGAAUAAGGUUAUUAUUUUUAAUCAGGCUUUUGCAUUUCAGUCCAAAUAUGUGGCGUUUUUCUUGGACUAAUACGCCCCAAGUCAUUUACAUAUCUUGUGUGUUAAAUUGUCUUUAUCGUCUGUUUGUUUCCCCGCUCCCUCUGUCUUUUUUAGGACUUCAGGAAGCUGCUGAAGAAAGAGGAGAGGCCGAUCCUCAUGAUGUUCUACGCUCCCUGUAAGUCCUUUCAUUAACACAGAUGCCAGGUAGCUCACUGUAAAGAGAACAAGUGGUGCUCUCCUUACGAGCAUACUUGAAGCACCUCCUUGAUUGGAAGAUAGUGUGCCAGAACAAAGUGAAUAAAAUAUGAACAUAUUACCAUACAAGAUGUCUCAUUUAAAGACGGAGGGAAUGAAGUGCAUAACUUCAAUGAACACAGACUAAAUCAGUCAUCCAAUGCCAUUCGAUCCUCUCUACUGAUGAAUCACAGUAAACACAGUAGAGUACAUGUCAUAUAAAGUACAUGAGAGCCCUGUAAAAUACACCAGAACACAUUUAACAAGCACAAAGCGAAUGAACAAGAGAUUCCGAAGCUAGGUUUGAAACCCAAGGAGUGACAAACUCUUUACAGAUGGGAUGUGAAAGCCAGGGCGGGGGGUAUUUAGACUUUCGGGUGCAGUGCAUUCAAUAACUUGGGGGCUACUGCUGAAAAGGCUUUCAGUAUUGUCUGUGAGGAGUCACGAAGCAGCUACUCAACUGACCUUAAAACCCUCAAGGUCUUAUUUAACAGCAGGAGGUCAGAGAUGUACUGAGGGGGGACAUAAGUGUAUAAUAAAUAGAGAGUUUUUGAGCUGCAAAUCAUGCCAAGCUACUCAGUUCCAGACUCAGAGAAUCAAUGUGGGAAUAAGUAUAAACCAAAUAACUGAAUUUGGAGGUUUGUAAAUCAUUUUAAACCCUUACUCUAUUAAAAACUGUGCAAAGACAGAUUUCAGAUGUUGACAGAGAAGAUGUAACUGUUUUAUGAAAAUAUAUUCUCAUUUUGAAUUUGAUUCCUGCAACAUGCUUUAAAAGAGAAGGAUCAGAGGCAUGUUUGCAUCAUCUCUUUAAACAACACGAUGUUCGUGUUUGGGAGCUGAGGGGACAAGUUUUGGGAGUUUGAAUAGUGAAAUUUCAUCCAAUUCUUACCUGAUAUUGGGUUUCAGUGGCUUAAUUGUCCAGAGUCUCCUUUUCCUGUUUUUUGUUUCACAAUGAACCAGAUGUUUUCAUUUAGUGCCAAGUCAGGAAUAUUGGCCGGCUAGUUAAACACCCAGACUUUUCUAUUAUGGAGCCAUGCUGUUACAGAGGAAGUUUGGCAUUGUCUUGUGAAAAUAUGUCUCCUCUUGAAAAGAAUCUUCUUGAUGUCAACAUAUGUCGCUUCAAAUCCUAUAUAUGUUGCUUGUGCUUUACCUGGUGAGUAAACUAGCCAUGCCAUUGGCUCUUUAGCAUCCCUGUACAACCACAAAAGCUGGCGUUUGAACUGUGUGGCAGUGUCAAACCAGGUGGUCCCUCUCCAUCCAUGAUUUCCAAAAGUCAUGUUCACAGAUUGUGUUUUUGGAAGUUAUUUUUAGCUCAUGCGGUGAUUCCACUACAGAGCCAUGACUGUUUUCGAUGCAGUGGCGCCUGAGGGUGCAAAGAUCACACACAUGCAGUAUCAGCGAUCAGCCUUUUGUAGACAGAGUUCAACAGAUUUGCUCUCAUGUACUUCAAUCGAUGUAUGAAAACUUUACGCUCAGGAACAUUGUUCUGGAAGAUGUUCCCUAAGGGGUUUCUUUUAGCGUUACACAACUUCUUCAGUGUUUCGUUGUUCCUGUCUCAACUUUUUAAAAGCAUUUCAAUUUUUUUUGUGAGCUUCUAUUUUUAUAAACUCAUGAAAAUCUUUACUUCCAAUAUUCAACAAAUUGUCUUUGCACAAUUCCAAUUAAACAAAGGCCUAUAUGUUAUGAAAACCAUCAAAUGUUUCUCAACAUUUUACACUCAAUAUACCUUUUUUUUUUUUACUUAAUAUGUUUGUAAAUUAGAAAAUAUCAGUGGGGCUUUGAUAACCAAUCUGUCACUGCCACACCAUUUUAAGACCCAAACACCAGAAUCUUCUUCUGUUGUUGCUCAGUCAUAAAUUCCUCCUGUUGUGUUCAGUUAUCAUCAUGGUCAGUGACUCUCAGCUCAUCGUAUCUUUCACAUCAGCUGUCUCACUGCAAGCUGUUCUUGACUAAAAAAAAAAAAAAGCAGUUCCCCUGGCAGAAGAUGUGAAAUCUUUUGACUGUCAUAUCGAUGCUGUCAUAGCAAAUGCCCCGGUCCAGAUCCCUGAAGUAACUUGAUUUGUUUUCUUUUGUGUUUCGCUCGUAGGGUGCGGAGUUUGUAAGCGAAUGCAGCCCAUCUUUCAGCAAGCAGCAACAGAGACCAAGGGGAAAUAUGUAAGUCUGCUCGUUUCUCCCCCUCCCUACACAUGGCCCUCCGUCUUAUUGCAUUAACGGGCUCUGAUCUUCAGCCAUCCCUCUCUGAUGUUUGCAGAUUAGAUGAGAUGUGUCAGCAGUGAAUGCUGGGAUGGUUGCUCGGUAAUCCGCAGAAGGACGGUCUGUCAGGCGGCUCCAAAUUAAAGCUUUACUUAGAUGUAUUUUCUUAGAAAACUUCUUUUUAAGCACAACACCUCUGCAACUUUUGCACCACAGGCUUUGAUCCAGCAGAAUAAUAACCCAGAUGGCUUUGAAGGCGAAUCAAACGCCCCAAUUCGCUCCCUGCUCAACUUAUUCAUACUUCAUUUGUGUUUUUGUUUGCAUUGACCCACCAGAGCAAUUAUAGUAGCCUCGCAAUCUUUCUGUGAAGUCUUUCUCAGCAACUUUGAAGCUGAAUGUUAUAUUAUCAGUUUAUAUUUAGUGAUGGUGAAAACUUGAACCUGUUUUUUUAGACUUGUUUUAUCUGCUUCCUGCAGCCACAAUUAAGAACUAAUGCCCUCCCGGCUGAAGUUUACAACCCUCCACAUAGAUUAAAUGUCAGUGAAGCCUGCUAAGUCGUUAUGUUUACCCCUUAACUUUUCUCCCCCUCUUCUUCUCAUCAUGUUUUCUCUUCCUCCUGGUCUCGCGGGUCCCCUAAAGACCCAUGUUGACAGUCUGCAGACAGGCACUGUUACAACAGCCUUCAAACUUAGAGGGGGUAGAGAAGUGCUCUGUUGUUCCCAGCUGUUAGAAUGUUUUUAACUUCACUGGAGAGAUGCAUGCGAAACAACAACCAGAGGCCUUUGUGAUCAACUUGGGAAAAAAAAAUGCUUUGUGUUCAUAAACGUCUUCUGUUCGAGAGCCAGGAGAAGAAGAAGAAGAGUUUGAGAGAUCUUUGCAACGAGAGCAAAGAGAAGCAGCCGCCUGAGGAGUCAUCGAAGAAGAGUAGCGCACAGACAUGGCCAAACAAAUGAAAAACAUAAUUAACUGGUUGUUUGAUUACAGAGCCUGUGAGUAGCACACACUUAAGCUUCUCGACUUGAAAUCAACAGUGAUGCUUACAGCUCCCUGAACAGAUCAUGGAGGAUCUGCUGAUGUGAGAGGGGCUGGGAUCCAUGUUUGGGAAUGUGUUAUUGCAAGAGAAUAAUAGAGCUGCCGGGAAGCGAAGGGUUUGAACUGGGAGUCAGCCAAGUUCCUGAACACAGUUCUGGCGUCUGUGUUACGGACGCAGGAAGGUGUAAAGGUGAUCUCUGAUAUUUUACAUCUCAUCAGGCUGAAGAAACUCACACUAAUGCUAAUGAGCAGUCGUUCCUAUUAUAAAGAAACUACAUUAUUCUUUUAAAGUAUCAGUUAUGAUUUUAACAGGAGAGACUUCGCUGAAGAGCAUUUCGUUGUAUAUAUUUUUUUCGAACAUGUGCGUGCAACACAAGAAAGUGAACUGAAAACAAACAAACAAAACCAACGACAAUACUCCAAAAAACAAUAAUCAAAGCAAAAAAAAAAAGAAAUGAAAAAUACUACUAAUAAUAAUGUGAACCCAACAUGUCUGAAAAGCAUUAUCCUUUUUUUAACCUACCCUUCUCUGCUACUCAAUAAACAGUCAGUCCCCAACAUAUUUACAUUAUAUUAACAAAAAAUGGAACAUAAAUAGAGUAAAUAAGUACAUAAAUCAUCUAUUAUAUUCAAUAGAUGUGAUAAAACAUAGAGCUUACUACCACUAAGUUAUGGUCUCCAAACACUUCCUGUCCCCCUGAGCUGUCCUGUCUAAUAUUGGCAAUAAUGUCCAAGAAUAUAACCUUAUAUUGUUUUAUUUUCUUAUGAAUGUGUCGUGUAGACGUCAAAAACACAAAAAUACCUGCUUGGUUUUGAGUUAUUGUAGUCUACACUGUAGCCUAUAAUAUAAUACUAAACUUUUUCAACUUAAAGGCACUGUGCAAGGAGUUUUUCAGUAAACUAUGCCUGAUGCUUCUCUAUGGCCUUCAAAAGCAAAUAUGAUUUUAAAUAUAUCCUUCGUACCUGAUCCCACACUCCAUAUGAAAUUUAUCCACAGAGAGACUCUCCAUUUUUUUCUCAGCCUGUUGACACUAUUGGCAAAAACAUUAGUUUCUGCCUCAGGCUGUUCUCAAGAGUCAGGUAAUAACGACAGGUACCAGACACAGAUGUGAGAGCAGCCUGAGGGGCAACUGGACCAAACCAGCUAUUUUCUGUAGAGAAGAAGAAAGCAAGACCCGGUCUUUCCCGUCUUAAUUAGUGUGAAAGCAGAGGUACUGUUUCCUUAACUGGCAGAAUAAAUCAUUCUUAAAUCAAUAAAAUCAUCUUUAAAUUAAUAUUUUGUAAGGACUUAAUUGUGUCUUUUGUUGAGUAUAAAAGCAUGAUGUUAAAUAGUGAACGUGUGGUUAUGCAAAUUAGAAUCCAAACCUACUUAAACAGUGUGAGGCUGACUAACUAAGAUCAAUUACCCUUUAUGCUGGGGGCUAACUUAAAGCGCUGCAGCAUUUCAGGUCCAAAUUCGACAGUUAUGUAACAAUAUUGGAGCCAAGUCUGACCAUGUAAAAUUUAGAAGAAAGGCUUUUAAAUUAUCUAUGAACUGUGAAUAAAUCGUGUUUUUUUGGGUAACUGCACCAAGGUCGCUCAGGGACCUACCAUGAGGCAGUUUUUUUUUUUGUCUCACAAGUUUGCAAAAUUAUGAAAUCUAUUUCCAUCGACCAAACUGUGUCUUUCUGUGUCAAAUGAAAAGAGCUGCUCCUUUUGAUUUAUUGUUAACUUUUUCUUGUGGGUAUAAGACUUAAUCAUGUCUCUAGCCAGGUGUUAACCUGUUUCGAAGUGGGUAUUUGAAGUCUUCAUCUCUUUAACUUUUCUACGCUGUUUUCCACAUUGCAGUCUUUUUUAAUUCUUAGAGUAAUCCAUCUUUUUCUUUUUGAGCCCAGUGAUGACGACAGACCAGCUCUGAUGUUUCUUGUCCUUUCCCUUUCCCUUUAUCUCCACGACAACCUAAACUUCACUUUGCUUCUAUUUUGUUUUAUUGUCUUUAAAGAUCCUGGCGGGGAUGAACGUGCACCCAGCAGAGUUUGACAACCUCAGGCAGGAGUACAACGUCAAAGGCUAUCCGACCUUCUGCUACUUCGAGUGAGUUGACUCCUCUCAUCCGUCUCACUUUAGGCUCAGCCCUCACUUCCAAGGCUCAGGACAUCAGAGUGGGACCACUUCAAACAGAGAGUGCAGCCCAGAGCUCUCAAACACCAACAGACAUGAUGGUGGCAGACUAACAGCUUGCAAUCGUAUCCCUCAAGGUGGAGAACUUUAUUCUAUACGGUGUCAAGAAGAAAGUUUCACAAUCAUCCGGUGUUCUCUUGUUGAAAAAAAAGUAAACUCUCUGGAGGGAAUUGAGGAUAUUGGGUGCAACUGGGUGUCACUCUCAGCUAACAGAGCUGGAGAAGAGUUUAAAUGAAUGUAGUCCCUCUAGGUUGAUAGACAACAUUAUUGCCAACAAAUUUAAUAACUGGAGCUUUGCUGAAGCAAUUUUGAACAAAAAUCUUCCAGCACAGCACAUGUCCACCAGUGCGGAUUUACUUCUUUUUGUCUAAUGCAAAGAUUUGUUGGAUAUCCUAAGGCUCUGGUUUAACAGAAUUGGGAAUUUCAGCUAUCUGAUUUGAAUUCCUUGUAAGCAGUCUGUGGAGAUUGGUGUUUUCACUGAGAGCAACACUGUUUUCACAUUAGAAGGGGCUCCAUUGUUGAGCUGGGGUUUCUUCUGAUUUCACUGUUGUGAUGGAGAAUGAACCGGAAAUGUUUGAGAAGGACUGUAUGAGAAUAGUUUUAUUCGACACAAGGACUAUGAGUGUGAUGGUAUUAGAUUGUGAAGGAUUAGACCGUGUCCAUGAUCUGCAAAUCCAGAAGUAGUCUCAGCUCAUUCUGUCAUCUGUUGGAGACUUAUGCUAAUACAGGGAGGCAUAUUGAUGUUGUUUAUAAUGCACAGACCGAGUGAUCUGUUAAUAUGCUAAACAAACAGCACAGCAGCCACAUUGAGUUCAGUGUAAAUUCACUCCUGUGCAUGCAGAGUAUGACAACACUUCACUUUAGAGACAUUUCUGUGAGUGAUAAGCUGUGUAAUAUAUACUGAUCCUGUUGAAUUUCCCUUUGGAGAUCGACAAAGUUCUUAUCUUACAGUAGACGUGCAGCAGAGCAUGUCUCUCUGCACCAGAUUACACACACAAACACACACACACUCACACAGUGCUCUGCAAAGAUGGUAAACCCAAAGACAGUCUCAAACCUUUGACAAAGAGAAAAAAAUCCAAUGAAAUGCAUAUGAAAACUUGUUCGUGUUUAUCAUUGAAAAGAAUCCCCCACAUACAGUGCAAUGCAAAGAUGGUAAAUGCAAAUAAAGCCUCACUUCCUGUAGAAAGAGAAAUAAUCGCACUGAAAUGCUCACUAACUCUAACUAAUUCCAGAUUCAGUUAAGAUUGGGUUUGAAGUGCUUAUUUUUAAAUGAAUAAAUCAUGCAGAAUAAGAAGACAGAUUUCGAGAGAGGAGACUGGACUGCAGCAGCAGAUUAAGCCUGCAUGAGUACUUAUACCAACAGAAGCUUUAGAAAUCAUUUUCUGAAGACAAACUGAAGACAAAAUGAACAUCAUUCAACACAACAGAAGCUUUAGUUCAGGUUUGAUAAGUUGAUGAUUUCUCCAUCUUUUUUUCAGUUUGAGUUGAAAACCAGUUACUUUUUGAUAAUAUUGUUCAACUUCCAUGUUAAUGGUGCUGCUUUAAAUCUUACCGGAAAGUGAAACUCAAACAGGAAGUAGCAGAUAGUCAUGUGUUACACUGUGUGCGCUACCUCAGAAACAAAGUAGGGUGAAACGACUGGUCAUAUUUACCUUGUUGCUUUUUGUUUCUUGGUAAUUUCAGAUAGCUGGAUAGAAAUCCAUCAGUCCCUUGUUUCAAUACUGAAUUGAGCCAAAUCCUUCUCUAAAUUUGUUUAAUGAAAUAGUCACUGAAGUUCAGUUUUUCAAAUGUGAUAUUUGCAUUAAUUAUUAGCCAUCAGUCAUUAUCUGCAUCAUUAUCAGUCAUCAAAAAAGAAAACUGAAUUUAUGAGUUUGUCCUGGUCAGUAACUUGUAAAAUAUUCUCAAAAGAAGAACGGUGAUAAAAUUAAGAUCAUGAUUCUGCCUCUAAAAAAUGAUUUCAAUAUAUUUUUGCCAUAUCGCUCACCCUUUAUUGUCGUACAAGACUGCAGUUUCUAUAGACAGGAAACAGGGUUUAGCAUUAUAAAUUCCUGAAUGUCAGAAAUGUUUGCCUCUUAAAGCAGCACAGGAGUUCAGCUAAGUAAAACCUUCCUGUGGUUUUUCUGCCUCAGGAGCCACACUGUGCCAAUGCAGAUACCUCGUUGAAAAGAUUGUAGGAGCCGCACUUUUCCACACAGUGCUGUUGCCUGCCUGAAGACUCAGAACAAGCCAGUGUUAUUAAUAAUGAAUGAGCCAGACUAAGUAAAGGCUUUUAAUAAACUGUACCAAAGUUUUUUUCAUCUUCAAAAACACCUUAAGGCCACGUGUGACAUUGAUUUAGCACUUGGCCUGAGCUUUUUUUUUUCUUCUUUUUUUUUGUGUUUGGAAGAAAUUUCUGCUGGUGAUGAGCCGAUAUUUUCAGUUUACAGUACAGCCCUGGUGUCCUAAUAUGCACACAGACUCACACAUAGCAUGCAGCCAUAUACACAGCAGGGGCUGUGAGUGUGACUGAUCAUAUUUGUUAGUGCAGACCCCCCCUCAAGCCAGAGCAUCGCUGCACCACUCUCAUAUUCACAGUGUUGUUCACUGUACGUUGGUGCUCCAGCUUUGUCCUCUUAUUCCUCCUGUACCGGCUUUAUCGUUCCUAUUCCCGCAUUAAACACUCGCUUUCUCCAGUCUGGCCUUUUAAUUAGACCGGGACUGAUUAAGUGCCUCUGUGGUUAGUGUCUGUGUGUAUCUGUGUGUGAGUGUGUGUGUGCGUUUGCUCUCCUUCUGUGUGCAUGUGCCCUUGUUUCUUGUGUUUUAAGGCACACACACACACUUGCAUGCACUCGUGCGUAGCUGAGCUAGAGCCAGUCCGUUAGCUGGGUGCACAUUAGUGUCAGCGCAGGGGUUAGCUAACGACCAUCCGAGCCCAUUGGCUCCAGUAAUGAGCCCCUCACUGAUAAAACAGCAGCUAAUCACUGCAGGGGAAAUCAGCAUCAAUGCAACUGGAAUUAUCUUGCCUCUGCACCGGCCAUAAGACUCAACACUCGACGUCUCUUACCUUUUCAGUCCUGCAGAUUAAGAAAUCCCACUAACCAGCACAGCAGCAGCAGCACACCUUGACUUGCUAUCACUCAAACAAACACAGGAAAGAAAGACACUAUCAGCUUUUUUGUGCUUGUUUUUUCCCUUUUGAAGAAAUAAAAAACACCCAAGAAUGUUAACUUAGUUAUUUGAUUUUUACCAGGCUUUAUUGUAUAUUACAGCUGCAGAGAUAAGGCCAGCAAAAACUGAGUAAGUCAUAAAUCUCAAUCAUUGAAUUCCCACUGCCACAGUCCUCAGUUCACUUAAAACACAAGUUCCCAGUGUGUGCAGUCGUGUAUCACCUUUAAUAGUCUGUAUCUCAGGAGCUGUUAACUGCAGUCGUCACCACCCUCUGUGUUCGCAGAAUCACACUGCCCACAGGAUGUAACCAUUGACACUGAUCCUCAAUACCCAGCUGAGCCAAUGCAUCCGCUUCAUGCUGUCACAGCCAAUAGCAGGAAAGAUAAACUAAUUCCUCAAGAAUAUCUGCAGCUCAAGUUUUAAAUCUUUUCAGUCUGCUGGAGUCGUGGAGAAGCCUCAAGCUCAUUUCAAAUGCAUUACUUAGGGUCAUUUUUAUUUUCUUGAAUGUAUUUUUAAGCUCACUACCAAAAUAAAAGACAGAGGAAAGAGUAUCAAUCGUUGUUGAACUUUUCCUCACUGUCUUUUGUCAGCUCUCAUAAAGCAUUUCCUUCUGGCUCUGAGCCAGUCUGUGUCUGAUCCAGCUCUUUGUCCCAGAAUCUGGGUUAUGAUAUGUUUGCUGUGAUUGUGUUUGGUAUCCUGUCUGUGUUUCCAUCACAUGACCUCGAUAAUUUUUUCAGUGUUAGUUCUGCUAAGAGGAAAGAAGAGCUGUACUCUGCUGAUUGAGUUGUGUGCAUACUAUUAUACAGUAUAUCAAAGCUUUUGAGCACUAACUGUUAUUAUGAAGUUAUUGGACUUGGGCUGUCACAGAGUACCAGGACUGAUGACUACAAAUAAAUAUAUGGUAAUUAAGGCUGUUAUUUUUUCAGAACUUGAGUUUGAACCAAAGUUCAAACAUGACAUGCUGAUGUUGGAAAAGAUAAUUUUAUCUUGCUUUCUUUGGUGUAGAACCCAAAAUACUUCCACGAGGCCCUUUUCAGAUGUUUUGGUGUUGGCUUUGAUUGCAGCACGUAUCCUCCAUUCUGCAAGAAUAUCAACACUGUAUUGAUUAACUGAGGUCAAGAGUGCUGGAUCCAAUGCUGGAUGGCAAGUUACCUCAAACAGCCAGAUUCACUGAUAAUGUGUUAAUUUGGAAUUUCGAAAGGUUUAUUAAAAUCUCACUCUGAACCUUUCCUGAAGUCUGAACAAAGACACGAGUUUCUGAUAAAAAGUGACAGUCCUAAUGGUAGUACUGAGUAACCAAUUGGGUCAUUGUAAGGAUGCCUAGCCCAUGUUCACACCUUAUAAAAAUGGAAGGUCCACACAAAUGAUCAUUUUGACAAGUUUUACUGGUUACAGAUCUGGGUUACAGCUUCAUCAUGUCACAAGUGUAACAAAGCUUUACAAAGUGUAACAGAAGCGUAACAGAAAUUGGUCUGAGACAUACUGCUGACAUUUAGUUGACCUGAAGAAAAAUCCAUGUACGGUAAGAACGAAGAACAACAUAUUUUAAGGAGCUUUAGGUGAACAUAUGGCGGGUCCGUAGAAGGAAAUAUCAUGACAGAGCGUAUUUUGGGGACCUGUGUGAUGUAAAACAUGGGUACAAGGUAGAUGUUGAGGAUGGUCGUCGGAGGCCCCUGGCUCCAGCAAUCUAACACUGAAGUAUCUGAGGUAUUUGAGUGACACAGCUCCACCACUCUAAAGGCUGACAUGACUGGCUAAAGAAACUCAUCCUAACAGUCAUGUUUGGGGUGGUGGUAGUUGUCUAUGUGUUCAUCAGGUAUGCCAGGAUUUAAAUCUUAAAUUUGUAUUUAAAGAAAAAGAUUUUUUUUUUAAAUCUGUCCUAAAUUUAAAGUGAACAGUGUUGUGUUUAAGAAGUUAAAGGAGUAUUUCACUGAACUGAUAUGUGUUUUUAGAAACCUUCACUUCCACAUGUAAAAGACAAUGUCAACAGAGAAAUAAGAGCACGGGGGCAUCAAAAUCAACAUAAAAAAGCAGAAGUUUCCCACGGGAGCUUUAAUUUCCAUUAUCAGCUUUGAAAGCAAAUGAGUCGGGGACAGCAGCUGAGGUCAUCUUUGAUUAACAACAUUUGCAGUUUAUCGCAGCUGUGACUCACUUUUAGAGUGAAAAUUACACCAGAGGGGCAACUGUGGCAACCUCAUAGACUCCGUGCAUGUUUAUCCUUUUGUUCACUAUGUUUAAAGUGUUAGUUUUUAUAUAUCAGUCGUGUAGCAGGUAACCUUUUUAGUGCGCUCCAAAUCUAACCCUGCAGUAGAGGUAUGUGCCAGCAGUUUAAAUCUUUAGAGAGGUAUGUUGUACCUCAAGCAAGUGGUUUCAGAGUCUGUCGUUUCUCAGGUGGUGUGUGUAUUAUCCUGAGAUAUUUUUAUUCCUUCAAAUAGAAUCAGAUUCUUCAGACACUUUGGCAGGAAGUAAAGCUCCUCAAUAUUAGUCUUUUUCUUUAAUUAGAUGACAAAUAUAGUGGUGGAGGCUUAGUAGUUCCUCAAACCAAAAUAGCAGUUUACUAAGCUUGCUUUGUUUUCUUCCAGGAAGGGGAAGUUUCUUUACAACUAUGAAAACUACGGCGGCACAGCCAAGGAUAUCGCAGACUGGAUGAAAAAGUAAGUAUGGAGAUGACUUAUUGAUGUGCACCCUUUUGUUAAAGCUUACAGUAAUACAGAAUGGCAACCAGAACUAGACUCCUACUGUCAGUCUGGAGCAGUGAGUAAACAUCUUCUACUGCUCACCUUGAACGUGUCUGCCAUCACCUUUCUCCUCCACUGUGGUCGCCAUCACACCUUUUCUUUCCUCUCAGCACAUCGACUCACCUUGCCACUCUGUCAUCAAUCUACACCUGCUCUGCUCUUGUCUCAUUUCGCUUUCUCACCUUGGCUCACAUUCGUUGUCCAUAACCUCCUGUCUCCGACCGCAGCUUGGCUUCGCUGCCUCCUUUUCUCCUCCAUCUCCCCUCUCCACUCGUGUCGGGGGCCUGGCUGGAGAAGCAUGACUGUCCACGGGGCAGCAGCCAGAGGGCACAGAGCAGAGCUUUCACAGCUAUCACAGGAAACGGAGCGAGACAGGCAGAGGAUGUAUUCCAGCUACGCUCUCUUAAGCCCAGAGGCAUAACAAACUCCCUCCCCAGCCUUAUGCUUUCACCGCUCUGCUCAUUCAGGGCCCAGCUGUAUGAUUUAGGAGUGUUUGCCAAGCUGGCAAUCAAGGUUUGACAAAGCGGUUGCCAUGUUUUAAAUUGAGCGCUAAUUGCACCUCAUAUUUCAGUUAAAAAAGGUGAUGAAUACUGGUUAAACAAACUUGUACUAACACACUUUUAUCCUUUUGGCACAAACAAAAAUAAACGACAUGGUUUCCCCUCAGGCCUCUAAUUUUAGAUGAGUCAUUUUCACGUAAAUCUGUUCCAUAUGGUAAAAAUGUGGAAGACCGGCCUCCUGCAAGCAUCAUCACAUCUGCAGUUUGUUGUGUCACAGCGUUUUUUUUUUUUUCUUCGGGAGAUGGUGCAAACGAGGAAAAGCUGAAAAGGGGGUUUUGCAGUAACUGCUGUCUUAAGGUUUUUCUAAAAUAGUCUGAUUCCCUGUGUUCAUAUUGUGAGCUGUUGUUCUCUUUUUCUGGCACUCAUGUUUUCUUUAUCUCAUCCCACCCGAUUAUCAGCCCGACUUUAAAUCUUGUUGACGCUUCUCUUACGUCCUGAAACAGCUGUGUCCUUGUUUUGUUUUAAUUUUCCACUCAAUAUUAGUUAUUUCACACAUUUUUGGGGCUAAAUCCUCGCCCUUUGUGAUCUACACUAGAAUUGCAACCUUAGAGACAAAGAUCUGGCUGGACUUUACCAGGCCAAAGGAAGCAAAAGAGAUCCAACUCAGACAGUUACUCUCAAAAUACACGUUUGAAAUAAAACCUUAUGACCAAAACAGGUUCAAGAAUGUGUAAGAUAGGAAUAAAAACAGACUUUUUGAUAGUUUUCAAAUCUUUUAAAUCAUGUUAGAUAACCAAAAUAAUGCAAAGACAACUUGUCAAAUGUUUAAACAGAAAAAUGUAUUGUUCAAUGAAAAAUGUACUCGCUUUAAAUUCAGGUUUCCAAAUAGCUGAGGCAAGGACUAGCAAACGCAAAGUUUUGUAAUGCCAACAGAAUGCAUAAGAGUCCAUGACAUGGGUAGCUCAUACAUCAUGGGAUGAACCAUUAAUGCUGAAGAAGAUGUAGAGGUCUUUGAAGAUCAUGUGCUACCACCCAGACAAUGUGUCUUGCAGGGAAGGUCUUGUAUAUUUCAGCAAGACGGUGCCAAACCACAUUCUGCAGGUAUUACAACAGUAUGGCUCAGUAGGAGAAGAGCCCAGGUGCCCGCCUGCAGUCCUGACUUAUCACACAUUGAACACAUUUGGAUUACUGUGACACAAAAGCCACACCAAAGAGGACUGAUAAAUGUUAAGCAGCAGUAAUCCUUUAGGUGAUGCAACAUGAUGAUAAACAUGCCACUGUCCCAGCUUUUGGAAAUGUGCUGCUGGCAUCAAAAACAAAACAAACAUAUUUGACAUUCAGACUUAACUUUUAAAAUGUUGUCUUUGCACUAUUUUCAGUUAAAGGGAUUCAUAAACCUGCAAAUGUUUAAGCAGUGUCUUUAAAAACUGCAAAUCAAAACAAAUCCUGACUUACUUACCCUUAGGUUUAAUUCCAAAGCAAUAAAUGGACUCAUAAGCAGAGGUCAGAGCCAGCGCCCUCCAUGAUCAUAUCUGCUUUCUGCAGCAGUGUAACAAUACUAGUAUGGCUGUCUGGAAGCAGCGCUAUGUUACGUUGCAAAAAACAACCAGCAUCAUCUGAUAAGGUCUUAGUUUACCUUUAGUCUCUGAUAAACUCUGCUCCUCAGCCUCUUAUAUAUCAAACAGAUGUAUGACCGAUGACUUUCUAGAUAAAAAAAAAGUCAGGGACUGGAUAAGAUCAGAGGAGAGCUAGCGUUUUUCUGCACCCUAUUUGAACAAUUGUUUUGUUAUUGUUGAAGAAAGACCGUCUCAUGAGUCUUCUGCACAUUGGCUCCGGCCGGAGUGUGCGAUGAUGAGGGAAGAUUGCAGAAAGAGAAAAUGUUCAAAUGACUUUUAAUGUGUGUGUCUAUGUGUGUAUGUGUGUGUUAGUGCCAGAAAUGUGCACUUGUUUAUAUCUGCGUCCAUUUUACUUGGCAUCGCAUUGCUGUGCUCUGUCAUCAAGGCGGGGCUGCUUCACUCCAGAUGUGUGUGUGCGCGCGUGUGUUUGUGUGUAUGUGUGCAAGACUUGUUGGGUGGAGUAUGAGCUACAGCUGUAUUAGAUUUUUUGCUCUCUGCAGAUUAUUUGCCAGCUGGAAAGUGUCCACUUCAUAAAGUGUCCCUCACUUCUGUACUUGUGGCCUGCUCCUCCUGUUUCAGCCCUCUGCCCCCCCAGCCGAGGACCCCCGAGGUACCGUGGUCAGAGACGGACUCCGCAGUCUUCCACCUGACAGACGAGUCCUUCGACAGCUUCCUGGAGGAACAUCCUGCAGCUCUGAUCAUGUUCUAUGCCCCCUGUGAGUAAGAUAGUAAUCUGACACUUGGAAGAGCUGCAACCUUUGAUUAUUUUCACAAUCAAUUAUUUGAUCCGUGCAAUGUCAUAAUUUGUAAAAAUGAAAAAGUAGAAGCCAUUACAGUCUGGAAAGCUCUUGGAGAGACUCGAGUUACAAAGGUUUAAUGAGAGACAAAGAAAAACAUGGUUUCCUCACAUUUUGAGAUUGAACAGUUUGACUUCUUGUCCUUGGAGAGAAAAGGUAUUCAAACUCCUGAAGUCCUGAUCAUGAGCUCAGUUAUCGGAUCGAAGCCAAUCAGGGCUCUUUUUGUUUUUACUGAUCACAGAUCAGCAGUUUGAGCCUUCAUCUCACCAGGUCACUCUCUUGAGCAGUUAUUAAAGGGAUAUUCCGGCGUAAAAUUAAUUUAGAGUCUAACACGCCGUAACACUGUGUUAGACACCCCCUCGAGAGAUGAAUGUUGCUGGCGGCUUGCUUCUCUAGUUAUACCAACUCUAGUAACAACUGCACCAUAGCAAUACACAACGGUCUGAGGAGCCAUAAACAAACUUCCUGUUUACAGUUUUUAAAAAGGUGUGUUUAUGUCAAAAUUUCAGCGCAUUGGAUAUCAACAAAAAUCCAGCAUAGGGUCCAGAUUGAGGCCAUAAAAGUCUGGUCAAGACAUCCUCAGGUUUAUUGGUCAGGGCCCAAAAGAUGAUGCAGUUGUAUUUUCACCUUUUAUUGAAAAAAAAAACAGACAAAUACAAUCCUUCUUCAGCCAGUCUCUUAAGAUUUUCGUGGGUCCCUUAUACUGACUGUGCUCAAAUAAAUAAGUUUUAAACUUUGAAAAUAUUUCCAAAAUUAUAGAAAAUUACAAAGCAACAAUGGGCCUAUUUUGUCAGGGGCUUUUUUACAGUCAGUACAAACAAUGAGCUGACAUGGUCAUCUCAAAAAAUUUUGCAAAGACAAUCAGUACCAGCCCAUUGAUAGUGUUGUAAGCAUGUGUCAGCUCUCAGAAUCCAGUAAACAGUGUGACUUUAAUGAGAAAAAAGAAUCAACAGCAGCUGAGUGUUGGUCCAAGGCUUUCGUCAGGGUUUCACACCCAAAAGAGAGGGUGUAACAUCUUAGUAAACAAUCGACAGUCAUUGACACUGAAGCAGAAUCGAACUGAUUAUCACCAAAAUAAAAGAUAUAAAGUCGUCCAGUCCAACACUGUUGUAGCAUAGUGUGUUUUAAAUUUUAAUUAGCACUGGCUUUUUAUGGCACAAAAGAAUAAUAUGUUUCAGACCAUGCCAAAGUUUGGGACUGUACAAGAUUUACUCACAAUGAAGAAAUGCUAAAUAUUGCCAGCAUCCUCCUCUUAAAACUUCCAGAUAAGAAAAAGAAGUUUCAUUUGUAAAUGAUGUGCAGCAGCGCGUCAGAGGAGCUGCACAUUCCUUCCUGCUGUGUCAAACAUUUUCGAGUUGAUUCUCUCGGGUUGAACAGUUGUUUAGUCACACAAAUAACAUCACUGUUUCACCUCAGAAACCAAACAACAAAUCCAACAAACAAGGCUGGCUGCACUUAUUUCAGCUGUGUGUAACUCACAAGCUCAUCCUCACAGCUGAAUACUUCAUUGUUGCCAUAUGGUUCAAAUAAGCCCGCUUGUCAUUUUCAUGCACGCACCACACUGCUGUUGUUACACAGAACUUUGUAAACACGCCAGAAUCUGUCAGUGGCAGAGAUCCUCCAGCUCCAGAUUGUUUAGCCCUCCUGCGUGUGAGGGAACUGUCCAAAGUAGAUUUUUGAUAAAUGCGACUCAUGGCUCUACAAUCAUGCAAACGGAUUCAUCCCUGGUAGAAGUGCAACAGCAACACGACACAAUCUGAAUCGUGUUUCAGCCUUCUCGGGGCUGGAGUUUGCUUUUCACUUUGAGCUCCCACUUCAGAUAAACUGUAUCUCCCUCCUCUCUCUACCUGCCCUCCUGCUCCUUCCCAUCUGCGCUCAUCUCAAUCAACACGCAGUAAAAAUACAUUAAUAAAUAAAUAAAACAGGGUCCCUUUCCUCUAGCGUUUACCAUAAUGAUGAGUCAUUGUUUUCACAAUUUUCAGCAGAUAAUUCACUGCAGAGCUUUUAGACCUGCAGGUUGCUGGGAGCACUGCACUUCACCCCGAGGGCAAACACACACUCCAGCUGUUGGAGUGAUUAAAACACAUCCUCAACUCUCGCACACUGCAGUGGGACCUGUUAUAUCCUCUCGCUCAUUAUUCACCGCCUCAAACUCAAAUAUUUUGUUCUAAUAUUUAAACUGAAAACUUCGAGUUGGCAGGAAAACUGCAGAGGCAUGGGACUUUGCGUAAGUUUUCUCAAUAGGUAAAGCCAAGUGACAUAAUUUUGUUAAUCAGUUCAGUCUGUAGGAGUGAAAACAAGAGGCCUCAAGCUUGGGUCAGGAAGUAGUAUCGGUGACAGUUACUGUGUGUGUGACUGCUUUUAUUACGUGUCCAUCUCAUCACAGUUAGGAUAAUAAUCAUGAUAAUAAUUUUAUUUUUAUAGCACUUUUAAAAACAGAAGUUUACAAAGUGCUUUGACAAACAGUUGCAAAGCAUCAGCACAUGGAAAUAAAAACAAAUAAAAAACAAAAGCUCAGUUAAAAACACAGCUUCUGAAUUGAAGGCCAAUUUUAUUUGUCAUAAGAAACCCAGACAAUACAAGAACCCUACAACAUAAAAUGAGACCAUGAGCACCAAAAUAAAAGAUGAAAUAGGUAAGAAAAAGAAAUGUAAUAAAAAGGGGGGGCAAAAUACAGGAAACAGGAUAGUAAAUAUAAUAAAACCAUGAUAGAAUAAUAAUGAUGGUAAUAUUAAUGAUAAAAUGGAAUAACCAAAAUGAGCAGGAAAAAACAAUAAAAUCAAUAAAAGGCCUAAAAGGUUAAAUAAGAAAAGAUUAUAAGUAAAACAAGGGCUAAAAGGACAGUAUGUCGAAAUAAGAUAGAGGUAAAAGAGAUAAAAGAGAUAAAGAUAAAAGAUAAGAGACGGCAUCACAUAAAAGCGAGUCUGUAGAAGAAGAAAGUUUUCAUAUUCAUAGAUUUAGUUGUUCGAAGCAAGAAUUGGCUAUUUCAUUAAUAUCCAAGUAAAACAGCAGAGCUCACACCACCAGGUCCUCAGUCCUCCUUGUAGGUUAACAUCUACAUGUCUGUGCUAGUUAGAUACCGCUUAGAUCCAGUGAUUAUCUACCAGUUUAACAAGGCACACAAGUAGUUACUCUGGCAUUGAAUAGCUUGGGCAACAAUGUUAAAUUGUGUACCUGACCAAAGGUGCAUAUCCCAAACAAAAUGCUGCCAAACUUGGACAGUACCUCUCCUCUGUAAUUGUUUACAUCCUGGUAGUAGAUGGCAUUUUCCAGUGACCUUAGCUCAUGGCUGAUCUACAACUGUGACACAACACAUGACAAUCAUUUCAGGCCAACAACAAUAAAAAUACUUAAAAUGCUAAAUGAUGGAGAUUUUUGUCAUUUUGUUGACUAAACAUGAACUAGUAGCAUUAAACACUGGCUUUGGUGACAUCUAAGACAACAUAAACAACUUUCCUUUUCAUUGCAACAGCAAUUAAACUUAAGUUUUGCAUUACUUAAGGUAUGCAUAUGAUAGUUUUACUUUAAAAAACUCACCUAUGAUCAUUUUAAUUUUUGGUAAAGUCACUCAUGGGUACAAAUACAUUUAUAUUGGAUAAAUACAGGUUUACAUUUGGCACCUUUUGUUAUUGCAAAUCAUCAAUUAGUUAUCAAAAGUGAAUCAAUUAUAGAUACACAAUAGUUUUAUAAUUGUUCAGUUGUAUAAAAUGAUAAUGUGUUUGUUAUUUUUUGACACACUCAGAAUAGGAAAAGCAGAUACGUCUGUUUUUAUUCUGUUGACUGACACUUUAUACUCCUGAAACCAGAUUUUCAUCCUCAGGGUCAAAACAAAAAGCAUAAAAUACUUAACACAUGUCCAUUUCUAACUAAAGAAAGAAGUCACUGGUAGUGAAGUGCGGCUCAAACUUGACCCUUUUUUUAAUGGUCACACAGGGGCUUUGCCAGGUUUGAUAUUUCUCCUGAAUGUUUUGUCCGGCUUUUCUAUUCUUACUUUGAAAUGCUUCUUAAAUUACACAUCGGGGGGAAACAUUCAUGCCAACAGAGAUCAUUUCACUGUCAUCAGUUUUGUCAAUUAUUCACCGGCCUUGUCCUGAGUGUUCAGGAAAUGUUUGAAUGGACGUGGGCCUGGAUGGUGGUGGGGGGAGCAGACUCACCCUCUCCGUCCUUCACAGACGUUUGCCCCGCUCUUGACUCACCCUGCUGACAGCAGCCAGUCACCCUCACCCACAAAUCAAGGGCAGUCGGCUAAAACAAAGCUACAUCACAGCCACACACACUAACCUGACACAUAUCAAACACAGAUUUCACACCAUGACACAACAUUUAUCGCACACAAUUACACCACAAAUCUCUCUCUGUGUCUCUCUUUCUGUAUCCUAAGCUUUCUCUCUCACACACACACAUGCACACACACUCUCUGAUGCCUGGCCUUGCUGCUUCAAUGCAGUUUCUUAAUGGCCCCGCUGUCAGAGUGAGAUUAAUGGUCUCCCAGCCACCACCAUCAGCUUGCAUUUCUGUCCACCUCUCAGCACGGCCAUUCUCACCGUCCUCUGAACAGCACUCAGCGGGGGUUGUUUGCGUUUUGUCCCUCAUGGUGGCCAAACCUCUGACUGGGCGCUCUGUUUCCCAAAUUGAGCUUGAUUGUGUCCCACACCGGAACAAAGUGCUGUUGGAAGAGAGUGCGGCAAAAUAUUUAUUGGGCAGAAUGCUGUGUUCCAGCAGAUAAGGCUGAAAAUGACGAUGUUUUUAUUCUUGAAUGUCGGGGGGUUUAUCUGCAAGAGGAAGUUUGUAGGUUCGACUUGAACAACUCUCCUGACCGACCACUUAGUGAGUAGCCACAGGCUCAGCAGAAAAUGACCUUACAACACUUUAACAUCCAACAUUUCCUGUACAGCAGAUGGAGCACACAGGCCUUCCUCUCUUUUUAACAUGUAUCAGGUCAUAUUACAGCCACAGUGUCGUGUGGGUAGUUUGUUUGUCCUCUUACUCUCAGCGCUUCUCCCCCACGCUCAGUCUGAGUCAGCAAUAAUUCAGUGUAUUUCUGUGAGCCCCCUGAAAACACACACACACACACACACACACACACAAACACUCUAAGCGCAUGCCCCUCAUGCACCACUUGUUCCGAAUACGAAGCAGGGCUGAUGCAGAGCUCAGGACAAACCUUUGCUUGGUCUCUUACUCAUCAGUUUGAAGAGUCGGAAAAAGUCCUCGAUUUUUCUCAUAAGCCUCGACACAAUCUGAUGAUCACACUUCACAGUGACUCAGUUGAAAGAGAAGCAGCUUUUUCUCUCUUUUUUUUUUUUGUCUUUCCACGAGGCAUAUCUGACUUGAUUUAUAGCCUGCACCGGCGCUGCAUUGUAUAUUGAAGAAAGGAGUUCCUGAACUGUUUUGACAAGGGCAAUUUACCAGGUUUGGAGAUGUGCCAGGUUUGUUUCAUGCAUCUGUGCACAAUAGCGCUGUGAGCACAUACAGAUACGGCUCAUCCUUGAUCAAACGGCAUAUUCAUUACAUCCUAAGAAGGAACAUCUUGUACAUUGCGCGAAACAAAUAUUGUGUUAUGUUUUGAAGGUUGCUUUAAAUCCAAAAAGUGUUUGCCACUUCCCAUCCGGCUCAUGCAAUAUUAAACACACCUCCACACCAGACAGACUCUUUUCCUCAUGCCUGCAGCUCGGACAGAUUGGCUCAGAAUAAAAAAAUAAAAAAAAAAGCUGCAAGCACAUGCGCGUGUAUACGGAAUACCUUCAGAUAAAACAGACUUAAACAGAGGGAAAAACACCACCAGAGCUGUCCUGCUGCUUAAUUACAGAACAGAGACAUGCGAGUGUUUAGCUGAAGGUGAAGUACACUGAUGAAACUGGAUCUCUUUGAAAUUUUGCUCCUGUUGCCACAUUCAUAUUUAGAGUGGGGAGAUAAAUUAGUUUAUCAUUUAGUGACUCAGCGGGAUCAGAUUAUAACUUUCUUUUGAAGUGCAGAGCAGUUUUUACGUUUGGAGAGAUGAAUGCAGUGCACCGCAAAACAAUCUUACCAAUUAAUACAUGUUUAAUUUUGAGUGAAAUGAUCUUAUUACACUAAAUAUGUCUUUUAUUCAUAUUGUAAUAUUCUCUGAAUAUUAUAGUAACGUAUAUUCUGUGAGCACUCAGUCUUGCUCUGCGGAAGCUGCUUUACCAAAUGAACUUUCCAUACAUUUAUCUGACAAGUCCAGGUAUAGCAUCCUUAUCAAGGUGUUAACAAGCAAAAAAAGUGGGAAAAAUACUUGAUAUAUAAAAUAUUACACCUUAUCUCAAAACUGCAAGCAGAUGUGACCUCAUGGUGGAGGCGUGCAGAGGCAUAUACAGUCAGAGAGUAUCAUUCUCACCACAGCAGUCACUGCUUUGACUCCUGGUUGUUUUUCUGUAAAGCUCACUUUGUAUUUGAUAUUUUCUUUUUAGACUUGCUGACUUUUAUUCUCCAAAGUUUUUUCUUUUUGUGUCACUUUUAUCAUUCUGUAUGAGUACUACCUUUUCAAGGUUACUUUUGUAAAAGAGAUUUCAAAUCUCAGUUGAACAUUUGGUUACAUAAAGAUUUUUUAAAAAGGCAAACAUUGUUAAAAACAACUUUACAAAGAAGAAACUGAACAUCUCAAUUGUUCUCGCUGCUCCAGCAGCUGUUUCUGUUUCUAUUACAGGGAGGUCAGGGUGUACUGGUUACUGUAAAAUGCGGAAAUAAGAUAUUAUAUCUGGGUUUUACAGCUGAAUGUAAGUAAUACUGUACACAGUCUAAGCUUUUGGCAGGAAUCUUCUGUUUGUCUUGAUUUUGCGGACCCUGUGGACUAAGUGAUACCACUAAUCUCUUUGCUGGACUUGUCUUAUACAUGCAGAUGUAGUUUCUUCUAACACAAAAAAAUCAACCUGCUGUGAAAGUACUGGAUAAAAUUUAAAAAAGCCCGUCUCGCCUUCUUUACAAGUAUUAAAAAUGGCAGUAUAACAUUGUCAGUCUUGUUUCUGAUGGUCUUGUUUGCUUUCGUGGGUCAUUGAAAGGCAUCACAGUUAUUUUAAGUCUGUUUCAAAAUCAGCUAAAAACUCCUCACAGGAGCUUUAAGUUAAUUUAAGACUUAGAGAAAAUAGACCAAGUAUGGAAUAGACUUGCUGCUUGCAAUAUAACAGAUGGCAAUUAUUUUAAUUUAAAGUAAAUUUAAUGACAACUACAUUCAUUUUUACCCAAAGGGUUUAAUGUGGAGUGAUAAAUGAUAGAGCAUACAGUCCACUCUGCUCCCUCUAUUUACCAAUCUUGCCUUUUAUCCAUUUCUUUGAUUUUACAGCACAGCCUCUCACUUACAGUCAGCUCUUUAUCUCGUCUUUGACAUACUUACCUCAAUACCAACACGCCUGUACGGAUGAAACGUGCAAGAAGUGAUCAGAUGUGACUGAACUGUCAGGGUGAACAUGAGAGACUCUUGUCAUCUCGUGCGCAGUUUCACCCUCUGAAGAAAACCAGACUUUAUAUAGAAUCAGUUGUUGAUGCUUUAAUUCAACAGGACAGCUCAAAGGGCAGAGUGAUGUGCAAAGACUGCUUUUCUGCACUCACAGGGGGGUUUAUGUUUUUUUUAUUUUUUCAAGAUCUUAAAAACUGCAUGAUGGAGAAGUUGUUUUUUGAUCGGUUCAAAUUACUCUCACUUUAGUGAGUGGUUUAGAACACAGGCUGAUUUUAAUGGGGUUAUUUGUAUGAAAAAGUCAAUAUAUGGAGGCUUUACAGUGUGUGUUUCUGUGUAUGUUAAGUUCUCAGUCGUCUUCUGUAUGAUGCUCACAAAGUUAACUUCAAAGGUUCCUUUUUUGUUGAACAUUUUAAUCACUAGUUUUGAGGGUUUUUAAUCAAACUAUUAAGUUUUAACUUUUUGAUUAAAACUGAAAUAAUGACCAUGAGAUUAGCUAUCAGCUUAUUUGACUCAAGUAUCAGACUUGCGUCAUCACUCAGCCUUUUUAAUGUGCAUUUGUGGUCCCUCCAGGGUGUGGACACUGCAAGAAGAUGAAGCCAGAGUAUGAUGAAGCCGCUGAACUACUCAACAAGGGCGCAAACGUAAGUCUCAUAACCUUUGCUUGUGUUCACUUGAAGGCCUCAGUGUUGACUGACGGACAUGCAGAACUUCACGGCUGUAGCGGUGCCUCAUUACUGGGUCAUUAUAAUCCCUUUCCUCGGCCUGUGGGCUUCGGGCUGAUACGGCCAGCUCCCGAUGUGUUUCUGAUUAGUCGGGUGUGUUCAUGUUCCUCGCCUCUUCUCUCAGACCGUUAUGUCCCGUGUUAAUCCAGCACUCCCCAGCCAGGGGCAGGGCCUAUAAAACUUCAGCCUGGUGACUGUAGUAAUUAUCUCAUCCAUGUGCAUCCCACCGGCCCCGGUGCUUUGGCCUUUUCUGUGGCUCUUUGCCCGACAGCAGAGGUCAAUCGGAGAAGCUGGACCAUUAUCUAAUAUGGAGGGACUAAAGCCUCUCUCACCCUGAGCCCCGAGGUCUCAGCACAUCAUUUAAUUUUCUCUUUCUUGCUUCUUUUUUCAUGUCAUUAAGGCGAUGUCCUCACACAUUCAAUCUGUGCUGUUUUGCAAAAGUUAAACCCAGAUUUUUUUGUUGUCGUAUAACAAAUUAGCCCCGUGCACGUCGCUUUAUAAUCAUUAUUUUCUAUAAGUUUCACGUGCCUGGGGGUAUGUUGUUAUUUCCUCACAGAGUCCGGGUGUGUUGGCAGCAGUAGACGCCACGGUGCAUAAAGCUGUAGCCGAUCGUUUCAAGCUCUCCGGCUUCCCAACUGUCAAGUAUUUCGUGAACGGUGAGGAGAAGUACACGCUGCCAAGCCUCCGCACCAAAGACAAGAUCAUCGAGUUCCUGCACAAGUGAGUCACAUACUCAUGAGGAAGAGCCAUCGCUUCUUCGCUUCUCCUUCAAUUCAAUAAACGCAAACUUGUUGUUCACUUUAUUUUAGUGUCUUACUCCUAAAAUUAAGCUGCUCUUCUUUCUUGCUGUGCACCAACCUACAUUUACUGUUUUAUUUUUCUGUGUUAAAUUUGGCAGCUAGUUUAGAUUUGGUCAAAGUCUUUGCACUAAAAUGCUCAUAAAAGGUAGUAACUCACUUUUACAACUACAAAUAUGUGUUGAAAUUAGUUGUAAACUUUCAUCUUUCUUUAAAAAAAUAAGGCUACUUUUUCUCCAUAUGUCUCAUUUACACAACCCUUCCAUUCUGAGUCAAUUAAUUUGUCAUCUUUCAGCCAGUUCUUUGUGGUUUUUAACACUAUUGCUUCUGUCUUCUUCAUCUCUUCUGGUAACUUUUCUAGUCAAACAAAAACCAAACUAUGAGACAAUUCUGUCAUAAAGUUUCCUUUAAAUCCACCUAGAACUCUGCAUGACAGAGAGAUAUGGAUUUGCUCCCGUUUCUUUCUCCAAUAAUUAAAAAUGGGCUUUGUCCUACUACAGCAGCCCAAGAAGGUUUCAUCGGUUUUGCCUCCGGUGGACACUUAGGGAACUGCAGUUUUUUUUUUUCACUUCUCAAUCAUUUCAUUUUUCAACUCAGGAGGUUUCUGCUUGUUUUCUCAGAGUAUUGGAAAGGAUCAAUGCUGCAGAUGGACUUUAAAGUGACAUCAUCCCAUCUGCAGCAGUUUCAGGCUCAGUAAACAGAUAUCAUUUUAUUAAAGACGACCUAGAGUUCUAUCCCAUGAGUGUCUGAAGAUAUUACCAGUACUUAGCAUUUGUUUCAUUAUUGGAAAGACUUUUGCAAAUACAGGUGCACCUCCUCAAAUCACAAUGUGUUAAAAAAGUCAAUGAUUUAUGUUUAAAAAAAAGUCAUUUUUUUCAUAAUUUAUGUUUAAAAAUAAAGGACUUUCAUAUUUUCUAUGUUCAUUGGUUUUCAACAAAAAGGGCCAAUAUGUUUCCGUUCAACUCUUUUUUUUUUUUUGAUGAUUUUGGCUUAGAGCGUUAGAAAAUCUGACAUCCAGCACCUCAUAAUAGUUAGAAUAUUAUUAAAGAUCAAUCAUAAAAAGGAUUGGUAACACUUUAUAAUAACUAUCCUUUAUAACUACUUAAUAGAUCACUAGUAAAUUGUUAAUAAAUGAGUUAUUAAUGACUUGGUAAGUGUUUAUUAACAGUUUUUUAUAAUGAUGCCUUAUAGAUAUUUAAAGAUAUUUUAUAAUGAUGCCUUAUAGAUAUUUAAUAUGUUAAUAAACUGUUAGUUAAUGAGUUACUUUAACUGAAACUGUAUGUCAACGAUUUAUAAACCUACCUGAUAAAUUGAUAAGAGAUCAUGAACAAGUCAUUUGUAAAUUACUUACUAAUAACUUGUUAAGUACCAGUUAGUAAUAGAGAUAUGUUAUUGGGACGUUAUUCUAAAGUUGCAACUGUUCCUCAUUUAUUAACAGUUAAUAAAUCAAACAUUAAAACAGUUUAACAGAAAAGCAGCAUUCAAAUGAAAAUAUGCGAUACACACUCAGCAAAUAGGAAAUAAAACAACAUUUUGUGUAUUCUGUUUCAUUUUACUUGACCUUCAAGUAAUUUGCACCAUUUUCUUUUUGGUUUGCAGUCCUCAGGCACCUCCUCCUCCAGAGCAGUCCUGGGAAGACAAACCGUCCCAUGUCAGCCAUCUUGGAUCAGAGGAUUUCCGCGAGGCGAUGAAGAAGAAAAAACAUGCUCUGGUCAUGUUCUACGCUCCCUGUAAGAACUUUCAGUGGUUUAUAAUCACCAAACUUAACGUGCAUGAGUUUUUGCCCUCCCAAAUGGAGAUCUGGAAUAUUUCCUUAAAGCUUAUGUGUCAUUAACACCAGACACUUGAGGGCGCUUCAGAUCUGUUCCAUAUCCCUGUUUGGUUCAAGUGUUACAUGAUUGUAAAGUUGUUGUAAUCAGUUGCAAUCACAGCUCUGCUCUGCUGGACUUGUUGUGAUCAUGUCUUGGAUUUACACCAGUGUGCAUACGUAAGUCUGAGCUGCCUGUCAAGCUCCUCGUGCUCAGUUUUAAACCCCGCCCAAGCCGUGGGGAGACAGAGGACUGAUUCACAUGACACAGAAUAGAUGUAUCCAAACUGGAAAAAAGGAAUAAAUCACUGUUCGUCUUAAAUUCCAGGCAUCGUGGAAAACAUUGAGAGCUAUUUUGCUGCCUUUUAGUUAACCCCUGUGAAGAAAACAACCUUGAGAUUACCUCUUAAAUUAUUCAAACCAACAAUCAUCUUUACUUUGGUUCAGUUUAUGUAAUGUGACCCUUCAAAAUGAAGCUUUGUUCAUGUCCCUGCAACUCCCAGAAAUUUGAAAACAGCCCUCUCAGGUUCAUGGUUUAAAUCAUUUAGCAUUUACCUGGUAAUGGCUUUUCGAACAGAGCGCUGCUGAUUUAUAGCUUUUAGGUAUUGAACAGAGAGACUUCACUUCAGGUACUUAAUAAUAGUAUCUUGUGAUGACGCACAGGGCAUUGUCAUAAACAGAUGCAGGAACUUUCUAUUUAUCCUCUUUAAGAAUUUUUUGUGCAUAGUCCAGACUUUCAAAGUCUGCAGCAGCAGGCAGUAAAAACUCAACGUAGAGGGAAGCAGAAUAAAGGAAUUGACUGUGAAGCGUUUUAGCUGGUUAAGAUACAGACUAAAACUGAUAUUGAUGCUUUUUAUGACCUUUAAAAGCAGACAGGACCAUCAGCAACAAGUCUGAUCAUUUUACUGCAGUCGUUAUUGAUUAGUUUAGUCAGUUUUGUUGGUUUUGCACCAUCGUAGAGAUAAAGAUGAUUAUUCCCCUCUGUUGCCAUGAAGGCCAUGGUCUGAGGCCACAAAAAAGCAAAAAAAAAAAUGUUUUCAAGCAAAUAAACAACUGAAAACAUUCGUCAAAAUGAUUGAUUUUUUUUCCUCAGGUUGAGCAUCUCAACCCCUAAACUUACCCUGAAUUUCCACCGCAUACUGAACAGCUUGGAGCUAGGUUAGAUUUUUACCUUCUGCCAAUUCCUACCGGCUCCGUUUGUGAGGCGAAUUUCAUGGCGGAUUAUGGACAGCAGGAAUCACGAGAACGUGCAAUAACAAGUCGUCUCUAUAAAGGCAGCCACAUAGGCUAACCAUAUAAGCAGAAGAUUGUUUCCUUCCAGAGGAGGAAAUCUACUUCUAGACUUAUAAAAUCAGCAUCCCCUCAUCCAUGGUGUCAUUGGGAUGAAAUGUUGUCUUAAAACCUUUCACUUGUUCAUCACUUGUUUUAUUUUGAAAUUUAUCCGACAUGCUCCGGUGUCCGGGAAAAAAUAGAACUCCUGCGAUCAGCUGCGAAGUCAGGUGAUCUGCAGCAGAACAGAAAGACGCCGGUGGAAAUUGACACAUUAACUCGAAUGGUUACGAUUAGCUGUGAUUGUCAGAUACGGCCUUUUCGUAGAUGUGGAAAUUGGGGGUUAGUCUCCCACUUUAGGUCACAUGUGUGGCUAGAGACAUCCUGCAAACAGGAGUCAGACAAACUACCUUUAAAUAUUUAUAUCUGUCUUUUGCAUCAGCUUAUUUUAUUUUAGAUGAAACUUUACACUAAGUAAGGUGUUCUGUACAUGAACCUGUGUAUCUUCUUUAUUUUUGUGUUUCUUUUUUUUAUCUGAUGGGGUUUUGAAAGCCAGACUGUGCGCAGACAGCGGUCAGACUGCUGCCUCUGUCAGACCCUUUGGUGCUUCCUUCUACAAAGAGAUGCUCCAUAUGCAACAUCAGGCGGCAACAACCUGCUGCACACAAUCCCGCCCAGCCCAUCUGCCCUCUGAUCAGCGCUGUCUGAUCAGUGAGGGAGCUUUCGUCUUGUCGAGCGUUUGAAGAGACACAGCUGCUUGCUAAGAUGUGAAUCUGGAAAUACUUCAGACAGAACAAUUCAGAUUUGAAACAAAGGCUUGGGCUCUCAACAUUUAGCAUCAUAUCUGCUCUCUUGUUUGCUCUUUGUUACCUCGGGCUGAUAGUUUAACUUUGUACACAUACAGAGUUAAAUUGAAUCUUUGUCUAAUUUACUGAAUGCUCAUUUGGGCCCAUCUGUAUGAAUCUAGUUUAGUUUAAAACAUCACAUCUUGUUGUAUUUAAUUUUAAGCUUGAUGUAUUUUGCUUUGCUUACUUUUAGAGUUUGCUAAAAUAUCAAUCAACCUCCGUCUGUUUUUUUUCUCCCACUCUCCUCUCUGUCUGUGAUUAUAAGAAAGGCGAGUGGAAAUAUUUGGAGAGGUGUGACAGUGUCAGGUGUCAUUAGCCAUUCCUUUGAACUGCUUUUAAGCGAACAAAAGAUAUGCCAGACGUGAAGACAUAUUCUUUUACUGCUUCAACACCACCUGUCAUCUAUUCAUUUAGCUUUUCUUCUUCCAUUCUUCGGUAAUUUCUGAGCAGAAACACUGACCUGUCUGCUCGCUCUGCACUCUUCAUGUGAGGGCAGCAUAUUUCAUAAAGCACACAGCUGUCUUUUGAUCUGCUGAUCUCAGAAUAGUGACAGAGCCUGUAAAGGUUUAAAGGCCAUUUAAUGUGAAGAAUAAAAAAGAUCCCUCAGCAGGAAAUGGAUGUCUGGGCUCUGCUGAAAGUCGUCUGAGAGGCAGUUUUGAAACUGAGGCAGUUGGACAGCUGCAGCGUUGAUGUAUAAUUUAGUUAAAAGUAGAGGUAUUGCUGUAUAUCUGUGGGUAUGCACGCAACAACAAAAACUCCCUAGAUUUAACUGUGGACACCAUCAAGAGAUGCACUUCAGAAAUCUAUUUACUCUGGAAGAGUUAUGUUACCGCUGUUAAUGACUCGAAGGAAUUGAUAUGAAGGUUUAAUUUGUUGCAGAUCAACAAUGGAAAACUUGAGUCGUUAAAAUAUGUCAAGUUUUUCAAGAUUUGUAUAUAUUGAACAUGAAGCUUAUAGAUCAAAACAUAAACCUGAAAGUACAAAUGUGGUGGAUGUCAUAUUAGCAGGUGAAGGGGACAGUAUAGGCAUCGAUAAUUGGUGUAUGAGCAGCAGGACAUGUUCAGAAUUUUGAGUUCAAAUCAGAAGUCUGACUUCUUUCAGGAAUUAGACUCCUGAAUUUUCAUAGAAUUUUGACUUUGUGUUCAAAUUUCUGAAAAAAUUCAGGAUGUUUGACUUUUUUCCUCAGGAUUCUCACUUUUUCUCGAUAUUUUUCUCGAAUCCUGAAUUCUCUGAGACUUUUUUUUUGCAAAAUUUAUAGAAAAAAAGAGGUUUUUUUAAAAAAAAAAAGACACUUUCCCCCCUUUAACUGCCCCUUAUCUUCCUCAUACUAGUGUUCACAGUAAUGGCUGUAGAGUUUAUUAUUUCAGUUCAGUCUUGCCCUGCAACAGCCAACAUUGUAUAUCAUCACCCUAUCAAAAUAAUGGUCAUUUUUUGAUGAAAAUGAGUUUUUGGCCUAAAUCAUCUGUUGAUAAUGCUGGCCAUCUUUAGUAAAAUCACCUAAAUCAUGGCAUGAUCCCUUCAACUAAUUUAUAUUUUAGCAAACUAUAAAAGUAAGCGAAACAAAUGGCAUCAUGGCAUGAUCCUUUCAACUAAGGAUUUUGGUGAUUUUACCUGAGAUGGCGCAUUAUCAGGAGAUGAUUUCGGCCAAAAACUCAUUUUCGUCAAAAAAUGACGUAGGCCAGUAUUUUGAUAGGGUGACGAUAUGUUGAUAAGGUAAUAUCAUACAACCCACAGGUUGUGUUUAGACACACCUUCAUGCAGCUUCUCUGGUUUUUCUAAUCCAUAAUAUUAAAGAAGGUUAAUUUAAAAAUGUAAUUAAAUAAAAAAACAGUGGUGGCAGAGGACUCUGGAUAGUGAAUAAUGUACACUGCAGCAUAUUGCUGAAUAUAAAUCCUUGGCCACCAUUAAAUUAGUUUGAUUUGUGAGGGAUAAAAAGUGGCUAUUUGACAGAAACAUAAGCCAAAUACCGACUUCAAGCGCCUGUAGGGAACUUUGGGUGUAAAUUUAUUUUUUGUGCUCCCUGUAAACAAAGCUGUACCUCUUGUAUCUCUGCUGAUUGUGACCCGUACAUGUUUGUGUAUUACUCCCUGUAGAUUUAACCGAGACCAGUGACACCCAAGACUUUCUCGGCAGCAGGCUGUGACUUAUUCUGUCAGAUUUGUAUCUAAAGGCAGCGUUUACAAGCUUUAAAAGCAGCCCUACAGAAAUGAUUAACCAUCUUGCCGAUGGUCCUCGUAGGAGUUUUAAAGAUAUAGUUCAUUUGAGAGCACUUGUCAAAGGCCUGUGAUUGAAUCCUGACUCGACACACAGGUCACCCUUUUUCCUCCUGAGGAAAUCUAUUGUGCCAAAAGAAAUGGUUCUGCCUUUUUGUCCUUUUCCCAUUUAUGACAGCAGCAACAGCGGUUUGAUUGAAAUGAACAGCAGAACUGGAGGUUUGCAACAGAAAUGAAACAGAAACAACCUGCAACAAGGGGAAGUCAAACGGAAAAAGAUGUAACAGUGAUUGCAAGUGCAGUCAUCAUUCCUGUUUUAGAAAGAUAGAGCUCAAAUCUCAAUAUUCCCUCUAAAAAUCUGUGUUUUUUAUUUAACCUGUUCUGCUCUUUCAUUAGUUGAUCAUCUUUCCUCCUCUAACUGAGACUGAGCGUGUUUUCUGACUUGUAGCUGUGGUUCCUCAUGUGAUAGUAUUGAUUCACCGUAUGUGGAGUGCUACUGGAGCAGAAAGUGGUUGUGUUUAUGACAGCAAUAAAGAGAUUUACAGCCACUCAGAACAUGCAAGUGAACCAUCCCUAAUGUGGCGUAAACCUCGAAAUAACCACAGGAUCAUGAAGGGCCAGAUGCUUUACGAGCAUGUUUCAGACAGAGUCAAUGAUGUAUAGAAGUCCUUUUGUUUGUGUGUGUAAAUGCCAGGAUGUUGGUAGCAUCAUGUUUACAGGACGUAAAUGUCCGUAUAAGGUGCUGUUUAGUACCUGAAGCUGGAUGUUCAUAAUGUGCUGUAAUAACACCCCAUCUAUGUCUUUCUCCUCUUCCAGGGUGUCCACACUGUAAAAACGCUGUUCCACACUUCACUUCUGCAGCAGAGCUCUUCAAAGAGGACCGCAAGGUUAGUGUUGCUUGUUUGCACACUCGGUGACUUACACACAAUUACAGCAGGUAGCAGCUGCAGUGUGGCAAGGAUCCUUGUAGCUUAUUCAAGCUGGCACCUAACGGUAACAGUACUAGUUUUCUGUCAAAGCCUGCAGUUAGAGGAGAGGUUCAGUAUUGAUUUAAUCUCUGUGUCCAGUGAAAUGUUUGGGCUGAGGUUAGGGAUGUGUUUAGUUGAGCUUCACAGGAAAGCCGAAGGAAGGAGAAGAGGGAGAAAAUGGUCCCAGCUGUUGUAUCAGGCUGAGAAUAACCAAAGUAAAGCACCAGAAUAGGACAUUCAGAGCAACCUGGGCUGCAUGGUUGCGCAAUGGUUAGCGUUGUCACCUCACGGCUUAAAGGUUCCUGGACCAGAUCCCCUGCUGGACUGUGUCCUUCCUCUGUGAAGUUCACAUUAGCCACGUUUACAUGCAGACUUUUUUCUCAUUCAGAUUAUAAUCAUUCCGAUUGAAGCUCCCAGGCAAACUGUUUACAUGGAAGCGAUCUAUUCUGAUCUGGUGUUUACAUGUGCCACGGCAUUCAAUCGGAACAGCUAUUUACAGACAUGUGAUACCAUAGACAUAAUAAAAGGAUAGACCCCGCUGGGGGUGCUGCGCAGCGAGAAAUGCGGCCGCCAUCUUGGUCAGGUCAAGCUUCCCAUACGCUCCGGUCAAUCAUAUUCAUUCAUUCAUUCAUUCAGCGAUGCCGGAGCACUGUGCGGCGUAUUCCUGUGCCAACAGGCGGACAGCAGAGAACAGGGCUCAAGAAAUAACUUCUCACAGUUAUGAUUAAACGUUUUUUCAACAUUACACUUGACUGUAGAGUCAUUUGUAGGCCAAAGAGGAAGACUAUCGGUCAACUCCAAAAAGGAAACAGCAUUUGCGAACAGCUAGCUUAUUCACAAUAAUAGCAACUUUGCUCUAUUAUCAACAGAUUUGCAUUAGAUUGAAAAAAUUUUGUUUGAGAGAUGUUCUAAGAAACGUUAAGAAAUAAAAUAGAAAGAAGAAGGAAGAAAGUGAGCUCUGUUUUAUUAUCUGUUUUAUUAAAGAUUUCUUUGUGGUGAUCUCCUGUUUCAUUUUGAAGAUUUCCUAAGGACAAAAACUUGAGGAAGAAGUGGGAGAUUGCUGUUAGAGGGAGAAAUUCGCAGCAAGUGAUUCCUCUGUGCUGUGUAGCCAACAAGUAAAUUGAUAUGUAGUUUAGAUGCUGGCCUGUCAUGCUGUUCUUGUGUUUAAAUUUUAUUGAUAUGUAGGCUAUUUCUUUGUGUGUAUUUUCCAGUUAUUAAAAUAGUGCUUCUAUAUGACAUUAUUUGUGUGUGUCUACAAAUGGAUAAAUAAAAUUAAACUAAAUAAAAUAUAAUCAAAUCAAUAUAUAUUGAAUUGGCCUAUUAAAACCGCCAGUUAUAAAUAAUUAUUGAGACAUAGCAGGAACCUAGCUCUAAACCUAGAUAUAUCCUUGAUUAAUUGUUAUACUAUAAUACAGCCACUGCUGCCAUGUUCUAAAAUAUCAUUUUAUUCAUUCUGAGUAUUUGAAAACGCCAAAAAAAUAUGGCCUCUAUCAUGCCUCUUUGAAUGGCGUUUGCAGAGAAGAAAAUUACGUAGUAUUGAGCGAACUAUGAUUCAUUAAUGCGCUCAGACUUCAUUCCGCCGGUUAAACAGCGGUGCAGAGUGAGGCGGAUGACCGAACCAAGAUGGCGGCCGCAUUUCUCGACAGCGCCCAUUCGUGGUAGCGGCCGAUGCGGGGUCUAUCUUUUAUUAUGUCUGUGUGUGAUACCUUCAAACAUCACGUGAUGUUGUCACGUGAUGUUGUCACAUGAUGUCCCACCAUGUGAUUCAUACGUCACUGCUUGUUUACAUCAGGACAGAGCAUGCGCAGACAGAACCCAGCCUGACAACUUUCCGAUUCACCGUUUACAUGACAGGAUUUUGCUUUUAAUCGGAAUGGGAAAAGGAAUAUUCUACCCCUGUGAAUCGGAAUGAAAUUCCAUUUGGAAUGGGCCUGUUUAUUCCGAAUGAGGUGUUUAUAUGGAGCAUUUUCAUUCCGAUUGGGCUUCUAUUCCGAUUCUAUUCGGAAUAUUUGGCUCCAUGUAAACGUAGCUAUUGUCUCCCCUGGCGCCUCAGUUUCUAUUCCGAGUCCAAAGUCAUAUUUUAGGUAGACUGGUGACUCUUAGUAGCUUGUAGGUGCGGCAAAGUCUACCUGUGAUAGACUGACAGGACUCAACUGCCCUGUGUGGCAAAUAGAAGGAGCAAAAGCUGGCAUUAAAGGGAUAUUCUGACGUAAAAUUAAUUUAGGGUCAAACGCACCAUAACACAGAGUUAGACACCCUCUUGAGAGAUGAAUGUUGAGAGUUGUUGUUGACUGCUUGCUUUUCUAGUUAUACCAACUUUAGUAAUGACCGCACGAUAGCAAUACACAGCAGUCUAUGGAGCCACACACAAACCUCAACUAAAACGCCACUCUAUAGCCACAAAUAAUGCUCAGAACAGCAUCUAAUUUCAUCAACAGUACAUAUAGGGUCCCACCCAUAGAUUAAAUUUACAUAAAUUAAUUUUACGCCGGAAUAUCCCUUUAAGCUAGUAUUAGAUAUGAGCAUGUAGAGGCAAAACCAAUACACUUCAAGUAACAGCUAAGAAACUCUAAUUCACUAGAAAACACAAUCAAUCUUCUGCAGACACACUUCUGCAGUGAUAAAUGAGAGGGAUCGUUUUAGUUUGAAUGUUUAUGAUUCAUUUCUGUGUUUAGCUUUGAUUUAAUAACCCUUAACCAUGAUCAUAUCUUUGAUUGCUGUACCCCUCAUCACAGCUGCGUGCAUCACAGCUAGAUAAACCAUUGGUAAUUAUAAAUACAUCUAAAAAUCUGCAGUUUUUUAUAGUUUCAGUUAUAUUUACAGCAGUCUGUUAAAAACUUUUGAGAUGCUGUGAGCUCACAAUUUGAGGAGUUAUUAUUGUUAUGAAAUUCCUCCAUUUAUGAGCCAACCUCUUCUUCCAAGUUUAACAUUUCAGCGUAUUUUUAGUGCACAAGCUGCAGUGCAAAAAUACGACAACUGUAGGCAGUAAUUCAUCAAAUUAGCAUAGCAGUGAUAACAGCUUUAUAUUGCACUCCGAAUGUUUAAAAAGCCUCUAAACGACAUAAUUCAGAGAACUCAUAAUCACUUUAGUAUUUGUCUCCACGCGUCACUGAGGAAUCUGACCACUCAGCCAAAGCCCACACGCUCUCAUCAGAUUUGCUGCACACUCAGGGCUUCAGGGUUAUUCAAGGUUCACAACAGGACACCCUCCUCUUCAUCCUCUAUCAUCUUCACUCCCUCUCAUUCCUGUUCCCUCUGGACUCGUGUCCCGACACACUCCCACCCCUGCUCUUCCCGUUAAUACCUUCUGACUGCAGAGCUCAUUAUUUUCCCGAAACCUCCUUAAUUCUGUGACUCAAACACACUUAAAAAAGAAAAACAAGAGCACAUGUCUUGAAAUACUUAGCACAAAGAUUUAUCAUUAUAGCUUUAAAGAAAAAACACAUAACUUAUUUAGCUUUUUCUUUGUUUUACUUCUUUGAGAUGCUUAAUGUGGGCCACACGGUGUUUCAAACGUGCCCAGGCCAUGUCGCUCUCUUAUUUGUUUAGGGUUUUAAAAAAAAAUCAUUGUCAGAUGGUUUCAAACAGUGACGUAUCCUGAGGAAGUAAGUCAUCCAUUUUUUCUGAGGCAAUCCUUCGUAACAUUUCUGGAUUACAUUAGAAGCCAAUAGAAACUGAAAAUGUAUUUUGUACAGUACAAAUUUGAGUGUCGCUCUCCCUGCAAGAGCCGCAGUCAUCCUUUAAUGAUGGCUGUAUUUUUAAGGAACACACUUCCCUUAAAGAACUAGAUAAAUGUUGUUUUAAUAUUACACUGAGGAACAAAAGUUUGUCUUCAGACGCCAAAAGUCAUAAAAAUUAACCUUAGAUUUAUUACAUACUGUGUGGUGCAAUCAUUUUAAAAACAGCACAGAUUACGUCCCUGUAUCAACUCUGUAAUUUUAGAACAAAGUUCUGACUUUCAGAACAGUCAGAAAUGUUAUUUUAGAUCCAGUACCGAGUUGCCACAACAGCUUAAGGCUCUUUAGCAUUGCUUUUUCCAUUCAGCUGUGAUGUAUCUGAAUCCUUGUGAUGAAACCCCCACAAACUGCCGUGUCAGGGGACCCUCGUAUCUGCGAAGGUUACAUAAACUCACAAGUUUAAGAUCUCUUCCCUCCUGUUGUCCCUCCAGUGGCCAGUGGAGGUGUGAAGCUGUGUUUGAACAGGAGUAAAUCUGAGAACCGGGCAUGUGUUUACUUGGCAAUCCUUUCUAUUUAUAAAGCUGAAGCCCCAGUGUGUUGUACCAGGCCAGUGUUGAUCACAGUCUAUUAGCUGCCCUCGCCUCAUUUACCAAAGACAAACACAAGCUUAGCUUAGCUCGAGCUUUGAAGAUGCAAACAAUUAAAAGUCCACAUUCUGUGCUGUAUGACAGCAGGGGGGCCGGGGACCGGGUUUUUUUUUCUGGGCUAUUUGUGUUUUCCACACAAUCUUAUCAAUAGCAGCAUGUAAAGUUCACACGGGCCGAGGCUGCUGGUUUUUAAAAGAGGUCUGUCGCCACUUUAAUACCAACAUAACCAAUCAGAGAAAUGGCUGUUUAGAUAUGGCCAAUUCAUCAGCAACAAUGUCCCGAGCCUUUUUUUUUGUCUGAUCUGAACGAAAUCAAGGCCGGCUCUCAUUGUAGAGUCUCCGAAGAACUUUUAAAAGCAAUAUACAGAAACAGCAGUAGAACACAUAAAAAUAACAGUAGAAAAUUUGUCACUCCUUAGAUCCGUACUACUUUCUGGGAAACAAUAAAUGUUUAAUUGUGCGAGUUGCAUGGCUGAUUUGGAAGUUUGGCUGAGUUUCAGUGUACACACAAUUAUCAUGGUCAGUUAAAUUUCUGGCAUGCUAGAAAUGUCGGUUGACCUGCGGUGGACUCUCACAAAGUGAAAUCAAUGCCGCAAUGGCAGACAGCUUCCAAAAGCACUAUGGCGUUUACUCUGCAUGAUGUACAUAUCAAUACAUAUCCAUGUAUACAGUGAAGUUGGAAGGAACCAGUAAGACAAAACAGGCUAGAGAAGUUUAAAGCUCCUGCAAAGAGUUUUUAUGUUUUUGGAAACCUACUGAUGCUUUUUUAUGAUCUUCAAAAGCAAACUAGACCUUUAAUGACGAUAUUGACUACUUUUAUAGCAGUGUUGUUUUUGUUGACGAAAAUAUUUCAUUAACGCCCCUUUUUUUCCAUAACGAAGACGUGACGUUGACGAGCUUAACAUAAGUCUUAGAUGACUAAAAUGUGACGAGAUGAAUGUGCGUUUACGUUGAGGAGACGAAACUAGACGAAAACGUUACUGGUGGACGACAAACAGAGUUGCAAAAUUCAUGAGCAUUUCGUUAGUCAAACGCUAAACACGUAUUCUGCAGUGUUGUUUUUGUUGACGAUGACGUUAACGAAAAUAUUUCAUCAACAUCAUCGUCAACAAAAACAACACUGGUUUGAGGUUUGAGGCAUAAAAAACUGCAUUAAACAAACAAUUAGCCCUGUUAAAAUUUUACAAUUUCUGCAUAAAUUACUUGCACAUAUGAUCAUCAAAAAACCUGCAAUCUCUUUUUGUCAAGACACUUUUUCAGCACCUAAAGGACCAGAUAAGCAAAGUCUGCUUUGUUUCCAGGGGGUACCAAAAAGGACACAAACAGAAAGUUCCCCAAAGGUGAUCAGCUGAGUUCUGAGUUCAGGCCUCAAAUUGUGCCCUGCCUGGACUAACACCAUGCUUGAUAUUAGUCAGGACCACUUAGGAUUUAAAAAAAGUCAUUAUUUUUAUGCUGUCAGGUAUAGUUGGUUUAGUUGGCUCAGUUCUGAGAGCUCCCUGCCUUUCCAUGUGCAAAUGCCAAAUCCUUGGAUGAGGAGAGCACACUCAUUCUCCGUGUCAUGUACAUACAGUUCUUAGUCAGAACAGUUUGACUGCUGCUCCGCUCUCAAGUCUACCACCAGCGGAUUGAGACCAAGCCAAUAUGCUGUGUGUGCUUGAACUGCUGCUCCUCAGUUAUUUAAGUAUUGGAUCAAUGACAUGAUAUAGGGCUGUAUCUCACUUGACGAAGAAUCAAUGACGGAAUUGGCUGCAGACUUUUAAUAAACAAGGGCUCUACGGCUUAAUUUUCUCCUGUCAGUUUACAGCCGCUUUGAUUGAUCACAGACGGGGAUGAGCAGACCAGCCGCAGUACGAACGGCAUGUUCACUGUUGCGUCCAUGAAAUUAGUCUCUUCCUUUAAACGCUUAAACUUUCUUUUGCACGUCGAGGGUGAGUUACGCAUAUGUCAGCGGUAUUCUUGUUGACUAUUUAGCGUUUUCAGAGGUAAAACACCUCGGUAAUGCUGAAUCUACACAGCUGGCAACAAGUCCGUGAAAUCGCUUCUUGUGGGAGUGCAUUGAGGCCCACUUUAAGACACCUGCCUAACAGAGCAUAGCAGAAGAGUAUCUUCCCUCGCUGAUGUUCACAUGGCUCUUUCUUCCCUGUCCUCUCUCUCUCUCUGCCGGCAGAUGUCUGCGCCGCUGAUGCAGAUGAAGUAAACACUCAACAACUGUGCACUCAUCAAACAAUAUGUUGUCAUUUAUGCAGAUUCUCCGCGUUUUGAGUGUUUAUAUUUGCAUGCCAAAAAAAAGGGGCCACUUGUUUUUUUGUAAUUGGGACAAGGAAUUUUGAGCGACACUUCACGGUUGGACGUGCAGACAAAGUGUCUGCUGUUUUCCUUCCACAGCAGAUUUGUCAUUUCCACAUUCAGCCCGGGCAGACAGACGGACGGGGGAGCGAUUAUUUGAUAGUGACAAGUUCAAUGUGCAGCGCUCAGCACCCAGAGAGAGGGUGACAUUUCAGCUGUCCAAAAGGACACGCUGAGUGAGCCAUGUACCAGUGAGGCGGCAUUUACGCCUCAUUGGGGCGGCUUGUCACUAAUCGAUGCUAUUGCCUCGCAGCAUAAAUCUCUCCUGUUGUUUUUAUGUAGGAGUGAUUGUUGUGGGAUUUUUUUUUUCUCCAUCACCCUCUCUAAGAGGUUUAGCUGGAAAGGAAAGCAUCAGUCAUUUUUUUCUUUUACCUGGAAAGAGAAAAGAGUGCUCUAAAUUUGGACAAGGGGGCCGUGUUGAGUCCACUGUCUGCCAGAGUAGCUGAUUGAAUGUAAGCACUUGUAAAAGACCAUAACACGGCUGAUAAAUAUUGAGUUCUCUAUAACAUUCUCUUGUAUUAUCUUGGGUGUUCAUUUUUUCUGUUGAUCUACGAGUAUAAUAAAGUUUACUUGUUCUGAAAACAAAUAGAAGCGCUAAAGAGACACUGUAGCAAUAAUAAAAAUGCUUGGAGUAAUUAAAGCUCUUGUUAUGGAACACUAAAACGGGAUAUUAUUUUGAUUGAAUAUGAGCCAAAUCUCUAAUAAACCUGCUUUCAGAAGGCUAUAUAGGAGGGGAGAGAAAUGCAAAAGAUUCUGCAGUCUAUAGCAAAGACAUAUGAGUACCAGGUCUAAAGUUCAUCAUAGAAACGUUAUCCAUCGACGUCAUGUAAGGACGAAGACAACUUUUCUUUACACAACAGAGGAACCAAAAACUUUUGGUAUUCAAAAGGAGAAAGACAGCUUGAACUGAGAUUCAUUUAAAACAGUCUGCUGAGAAUGUUAACAUGCUUAUUAUGUUUUAUGAGUCUUUGAUUGAAUAAGUAUUAAAUUUUAUGCUGCAGAGUUUUUAAAGUCAUUCAGUUUUACAUGAAAGCCUUUGUGAAGAAACCUGUUUGUAUUAAUCCUGGUGCCCCGCGUGAAGAAAGCAGGACUUGGUCGUAUGUUUAGUUUUUCCAAAACAAAUGUCAUCCUGCUGUCUUUUGUCCAUCAUAUAUAUCAGUCAUCAACUGGGGUUAUUGGUAAUAACAGAAAACAGGUAUUUGAAACAGAGUUACAUUUACAGUAAAAAUGAAAAACUUCAAAAUUCAGCAUCAAGAGCUGAUAGUUUCCAAGUUACACUUACAGCACAGUCACAUCACACAGUUGUAUGAAAUCAAGCUAAUUAGAUAGUGUUGUGGGCGGGACAUUAAGUGAAGCAGAGUGAAAACAGAACCAAGGGGAAAUUUACUCUGGCAGGGAAGCCAAAUUAGUGCUCUUUUAGUCAAUUAAUGUCAUCAUCAUCUGUAAAAACAAAACAAAAUUAGCUGCCAAAUGCCAAGUAUUGGCUUCGAUCAAUCAAGCCCGGUGAUCUGUCCUCCCCCACUCUUUAAGAAUCUUUUACAAAUGAAAGUUGAAGCAGAGCGCUCCUGCACUAACAUCUUUCCUGUGGCAGCAGUCUCAGGCGUUUAUCAGCACUUUGAUAAAGUCUUAAGUCACUGAGGUUAAAAAAAGGGGAUUUUGGUUUCAGCAGAUAUGUAAAUUUCUGACAAUAUAUACAGCCAAUAAAUAUGCACAUAAAUAAUGUGCACAGGUUCCAGUGAAGGCCCAACAAGAAGCUGCAGCGUGUCAACUGUCUGGCAGUUUUGUGUUUCUUUGUUUGUUCAUUUAACCCAAAAUAAAGUAAAAGAUCUUGUACAUUUUGCAUGAAUUAAUCUGUCACAAACCUUGUGAUUGCUGUUGCAUAUGAAACACCUGCACAGAGAAGAGUAGAAUAUAUUUAUUGUACUAAAUUCACUGUCACAUCAAUAUUAAAGGGAUUCCUCUGUUGUUUCCUCAGAUUAUGUACGCAGCUGUGGACUGUACAAAAGGGCAGAACCAUGAUCUGUGUAAGCAGGAAGGGGUGGAGGGCUACCCCACAUUUAACCACUACAACUACGGCAAGUUUGUGGAAAGAUAUAAUGGAGAGCGAGGGGUAAGUGUCUUCAUUUUCAGCUGUUCAGUCUGUUUUAGGUCCUUAAACCGUUAUUACACUUCAUCAUAAGCAAACCUUUGCGAAUUAGAGAUGGAGAAUGGUAUAAAUGCCUCUCUGCACAGCUAAAGACUGUCCAAAGCCUUUAAAGCAAGAGUGAAAUACCAAUAAGGUCAUAAAGAAUAAUUCCUCAAUCAUAGAGAGUCUUUCAACUUUUGAACAAACGGAUCAGGUCCCGACAGUGAGUCAGUGGGUGUUAUCCUGAAGUGUGCGUGGGUUCAAAUUUAAAUGAUUUUGCCCCCUGACUGAACCUAAAGAGUCAGACAGAGUAUUUGGAGUGGGGAUUUUGAAAGGCUCAUAAUGUGUUUCCAGCUUUGCAUUGCAAAUGAAUGUAGAUCAUUAUUAGCUGCUGAUCCACUCAGAGAAGGCAAUGCCAGAUUCUGAGAAAGAACAGGAAGUAACGGCAAAUUAUUCAUCAGCAACCGUUGAAAUUGUAAUGUCUUUGGUGUAGCCCUCUCUGAAAUGCAUGUGUAAUUUUUCUAUGGAUUUAGCCGUCAUUAAAUUUCUGAAUAUAUAUCUGCAGAAGGAAAGCUAUCAGCUUAGAGAACCUACUGUUAAAGGUCAGGCGUCUUUAGAAACACAGCCCACAUAUCAUUCUGACAUCCCAAAGACUCACUAAUACAACAUGUAGAUUCUACAUUCACUGAAUAUGAUGAAUAAAGUCAUUAAAACUGAGUCAUGGGUGGGUUUUCAGAGUAUUUAGGUCCUUUUGUUACUCAUAAUGGAAACUUAUCCCUGUGGGAUUUGGUACCUUUUAAGGUGUAACAACUACAAAACCAAAGAGUUCAUUUUGUAUUGAUAUUUGACAGCAUAUACACCUUUCCCAAUGGUAUUAGUUUCCAAUUUUAAUGGCUAUUCCUUUUUAUUUUGACCCUUUCAGCACACUGUAGUUAAGCUGCAGCAGUGUCUUCCUGCUGCCUUCUGGCACAAUGAUAGAAAACAACAACACGGCUGCACUUAAGUUUGGCACAUUCAUCCUGAAGACAGCCCAGAUAGCUCCAUUCACAAGCCAAAAGUUUGAGUUUGAAUUUUAGUUUAAGCGACCAGCUAUGAGCGAAGCAUACAGGUGCCACAUGAAACUUAAUCAAAGUAGUGAAGUACAGCACUUGCUGGAUGGUGGCAACUGACUCAAAAAUACAACAACAACAAAAAAAUUAUGAUUUGACAGAGUAAGCAGUUCGAAGUCUCCUCCUCUCAUCUUUCACAUCACUCUGGUGAACUAGAGAUGCAUUUAUUUGAAUAAUAAAUCUAAAAGUCAAGCACGUCUAAUUGCAUUCAUGUGAUUCCCAAAUCACUGGUAAACACUGUGAAGACCUGCUUUACAUUGUAAAUACGAACUAAUAACUGAAUAACUGUAACAAAACAAAACAACAAAAUGCAAAAUAAUAGAAUUUUAAAUAUGACCAAAUUAAUAAUCAGGAUUAGCAAGUGAAAUUCAGAGACUAAUUAUGAUUUUGAAAAUGAGUAAUUUGAUAGCCCGAAUCAUAAUAUAUUUUAUAUUAACAGCAGUCCUGACCAUGUAAAUGCUCGAUUCAAACCCCUGAAGACAACCUGCUAUGCUCAUGUGUUUUUGAAGUUACAUAAAUUAAAGUUCAUUGAAUAAAAUAAAAUAACAGUAAUAAAUAAACAGCAGUGUUAGUCCUUGGGACGGCUGGGAAAACUCAGUCGGUUCAGAAUUAGUAGAGUGAGUGAAUGCAGGCUCCUUUCACACAUGAACUCCUUGACGUCCUUUCUCUCUCUUGUCGAGCUCAUUGUGUCCCUCGGCUUUUCAGACACACACAAACACACACUCCUGCUCCUCUCCCUGCUCUCCUCUCUCAACCCAAUAGUUUGUACAGCAGUCAACCGCUGCCAUCAAGCUCCCAAACUUUCUUUUUAACUGUAGGCGACAUAAUAUCAUUCAUUUUGAUUAUCAUAUAUUUAAAAGAGCCAAAAUCUAAAUUGAAGUCCAGUUUUUCACCCAGCUCGAGUGAGAAUAGAGCGUCUAGAGGGCUGUUUUUAUUAAAUACUGUUUCUUAUUUAUUGUCAAGCCCACAUGAGCAACAACAUUUCAACAAUUCAAAGUAAACACUAGCAAACACGACCAAAAGGAGGUUAAGACAUGAAGUGAAGAUCUAGAUGUGUUUGUUCUGGACCAAAAUCAAGACUAACAUGUUCGAUUUUUGUGUGCACAUUCUCACUGUUAGUUUUAUCGCCUGUAUUAUCUCAUUUUAGCACAUUUUUAAACCAAGAUUUCAGCUAUUUCUUCCCUUGUUCAAGAAGUACUCUACUGUGUAUUUUCAGCAAAGAGUUUGGAUGUUUGUUCGUCUUUGUUUCUCCUCUUUUACCACAAGGGGACUGAGCUAUUAUACAGGCUGAAUUAUUUAUAACAAAAAUGGAUAAUAAAGGGCAGAGGUCACCCCCACAGCUCAGCCCAAACUUAAGUGGAGUGUUAGACAGUUUGCAGCAGAGAACAAUGAAGCGGAGCAACCUUGAACUCCACUAUAUUUGGAUUCUGUGUUUAUUUCUCUUAUCACCGUGCUGUCAGGCUUGUUGAGAUAAUGUUUAAUGGUGGGUCUCUGAUCUCUAUUAGAUCAGAGAGAAGAGUUUCAAGAGUGAGGAAUUGCCUCAUGUUGAGAUCAAUCACUAAAGCUCGUCUCUCUCUUCACAGGAGGCAGGAUUCAUCGGUUUCAUGCGCAGCCUAAGAGGAAGAGAUCAGGAAAAAGUAGUCAAAAAGAAGGAGGAGCUCUGAGGUCGGCGUGCGUGGAGGAAAGGGCGUGGCACUGCACAGUUUGUCAUUGCACUGUGACCCUUGAGCCUAACGGGGGCCCUAUCAGCACUGACGUGGGAGACUUGAUGACCUCAGUGAAAGGUUAUUUUUUUAUACCGUGGUGAUCACGUUUGUAACAACACCAACAGAGAAUCAGACCGACCACUCGAGACGUGUUUUUUCUUUUUCUUUUUUUCUUUUCUGGAUACUUUGAUGGAUAUUUUUGACGGGCAUAAAAUACAUUUUUCUUUUUUCUUUUUUUUGCCCAAACACUGUGACUGCGUAUGUGAAAGCUACACCCUAUACUGUAUCUAUGCAAUACAUACCCCUUCUUGAGCUGUGGGGGUCUGUGACUGAUCAACACCCAGGGUGGUGGGUGGUGGUGGUGGGCAUCAUUUGUUGAAGGUGGAGGCUGCGCUGUUUGUCGCUCACAGGGAGUCCUAAUCCAGUCAGGUGGAAGACACAUUUUUAAUUUCUGACAUACACCUAUCCGUUCCAAUAUUUUUGUACAAAUGUUUCAUGUCUAAAGACCAGAACCAGAACCAGAACCAUCCAGAGUAUUGAUUUAUUACCUUUACUGAUCACUUGAAACAGAAAAGCCUAUAGCUGGUUUGAUAAAUGUGAACUGGUGCUUUGGGUACUGUAGCAGCUGAAGUGGGAGAAUCAGGGCCAUGGGGUUGAUAUUCUGUAUGGUUCUGGGCUCUUAAAAGGAUAGUUGAUGUGGGGUUGAAUGAGGUACUAUAUAGAGUUAAGUGGAUUUGCCAAAGGAGGUGUUGGUCAUCUCAGCACAUUUGUUGAAAAAGCAGCCGAAGACCUGAACUGAGGCUUGUAGCUUCUGCAGACAAGGUCAUCCUCACUGCUUACUCAAGCUCAUGUCAACAAACUCCAACUAAAGCUGUGUUCUCGAUGUAGCCGUGCACUCAAUUCGGAAAAAGAAUGCCCAUUUGCUUCUGUACUAUUCUCGGACAUAGCACAUACAUGUUCAUCUGUGUACAGCACACUGAUCCGUUUGGGUCUGCAGGCUUCAGAUAGACGAAAAUACAACCACACUUAGUGAUGAGUGAUUCUGACGGUGCAGAUGACAUUCCAUUUACCGUGGACUCUAGAGGAUACCUGUGAACUAGAAUUUACAGAGGAAAGACAGGACAUAAUGGACUGAGGGGAAAUGUACUUUUAUGCUAACUGCAGAGCGGGGCGGUUGCCAGGUUACCUGGUGGUGCAGGAAUGUAAACUGCGAGCCAUUGCCUAUGAACCCAGGGAGCUACUGCUGUUACGUUUGCAACAACAAAAGGAUACCAGUGGCUCACAUGUGCCCGCUGUCACCAAGUAGAGUUCCUACCAAACUGAAUGCAGAUUUUUUUCCCCAACUUUCUUCAAUUUCCAGCAAUUAAAAGAAAGUGUCCAUUGUUUUUUAAAUUGCUUAACAACACAGCCCAUGAUGCACACGAUGUUAGCUUAAUCAAAAUCCACGAUGCUGGCUGCUGAAGAGGGAAUACUGAAGAUAUUACUAUGUACGUCAGAUAAUUUUCCACGUUCGUUUCUCAAUACUGAUUCUAUAUCAGUGUCCCUGUAAAUAAAGCCUGAUCAGCUUAUCAGUGCACUGCAGGCAGAAGAACAGGAACAACCGAAAACAGUGCCAAAAAACAUGAGCUUUCUGACACUGUAAGAGGCCACUACCAAUUCUUCAAUAGAGAGCAUACUUUAACUUUGUUGUGUGAGUUAUAAGCUUAGUGGUUGAGCCAAGCUUUUUCGCUGAUCUCUGUCCAGUUUUUUAACUGAGGUGCUGAGCUGACAAGAAUCUUUGUGGCUAUUACAUUUACCUUUGACAAGAACCUCAUCCAACUCCACUUCAGAAAAACUGAACUAUCCCUUCAAAGUGGGAAUUGGUUUUAGGUAGGAAUUUGUUGUUUUGUUUUUGUUUGUUUGUUUUUUGCUCAAAACUGUGGCCUUAAAGUUAUAGAACUGAAUAAUGCUGGAAUCGCAGAACUAUAAAAAGAGAGGUUAUAGGGAAUCAGAGGCCUGGUGCCCUUGCUGUUCCCUCCAGUCGAGGACCAGAGCAAGUCUGAGAAAAGCAGAAGAACAAAACAAACAUAAAAUGCCAAAUACUCCUGCGCAAUGCUCUGUGUUUCCCCGCUUCACACAUUUCAAAAUAUUCACGACAUUCACAGCUGCGGUGACAUUUUACCUCAGAAUACGUCCUCAGAAUAAGAUUUCAUCAAUGUUUUAACAAAGUUAAGGCUUAUUUACAUGUCCAAACAUGGGAGAGGCUCAAAUUCUGACGUAUAUACAUACAUUUUUUGCGUCCAGUAAAGCUGUCAUAGAUUCAACAAAAUCUCUCUCACUACAUUCACACACUGAUGUUAAAAUAAUUUACACUUUCACUUUAUUCUUUGAUUUUGGGCAUUCAGGGUUUUUUUUUCGUUUUCACCACCUUCUGCUGAACAUAACCACACCAGUGAGCCAGAAGGAAAGCACUCUGGACUGUUUUGACUCUGCCGGAUCAGCCUCAUUUAGCUUGGGCACUGCUCUCCCAUGUGUUUCAUCAAAUACCCAGGGAUUCCUUCAUGAUACAUCCAAGAAAUAAUGAAGUUUUAAGUAAGUGAACUCUCGAGCAGCAUGAUACCAUUGAUUCACAGUCACCAUAUCAUUAUUAGUGGCCAUGAUUUUCAUGCCGUGUGUUUUCAGCUCCCAUGCUUCGGCCGCUAUAAAUAUUUAAAAUGCUGAUGUGUAGCUGAUCUUGUGUUUUAUUAUUCAAGACUUUGGUUUCUUUCAUUAUGAAUAAGGUUCUCAGGGAUAGCGAAACACAAUUAAAGGGAACUAGUUAGUUUGUAAUUUUGCAUUCCAGCGGAAUAAUUUUGAGCCCUUAGGUCACCAAAUUAAAUAUUGUUUACAUUUGUAUCCCAAUGAGAGAAAGUUGAAUCUUCCUUAUUCUGUACGAUACCAUGACACGUGUUGAAUUAGACAUAUUGUCAGUAGGUGUCACUGAACCACUUCCUGUCAAACAUCCUUAUUGUGAUUCCUCAUGGACUCAUUCCAAGUGAAAGUGUCUCUGAACACUUAUAAUGUUCAGUGUUCAGUCUGAUUAUUUUUUUAUUCAUGGUAUGUACGAGCACUAUAAAUGAGUGCUGAACACAGUGUUGACAUAUCGCUGUAAUUAGGUGUUAAUUCUCCUCCCUUUGAGGGGGAACAAUAACCUGUUUACUCAGUCUAUUUACUUUAGUUCCUUUGUCCUCAGAGUAACAUCACAUGUUUGUUCAAUAAUAGAGAGACCACCUCUGUCUUAUCCCAAAGGUUUCCAUGUUGUGUUGGAAUACUGUAUAUCACACUUAUGCCAAGAAGUCAUCGUUGCCUUUGUUGGAUUUUUUUGUGCCCAGCCAUACAUACAGUUUUGCCCUUUGGAGUAAGGAUCUUGGGAGGUAAAAAGGAAAAUAAAAAUAAAAAAUUUCAAAACAUGUGAUGUCUUUUUUCAUGAAAGUGCACUUUUAGGCAUGGUAGUACUUAAUACUUGUUAAAGGGAUAUUUCGGCGUAAAAUUAAGUUUGGGUCAAACACACCGGAACACCGAGUUAGACAUCCCCUCAAGAGAUGAAUGUUGCUGACCGCUUGCUUCUCUAGUUAUACCAACUUUAGUAACGACCAUAGGAUAGCACUACAGAGAACCACACACUCAACCAAAAAGCCACUCUAUAGCCACAAAUAAAGCUCAGAACAGCACCUAACUUCAUCAACAGUACAUAUAGGGUCCCAGCCACAGGACUAGCCACCA